UCCCUCGACCGCGCGUGCGCUCGAAAGCAAUCGCUCUCUCUCGCUCUCUCCCCCUCCCACCCCGAAACAAGAUGGCGGCGGGGAGGCUGGCCGGGAAGUUGGAGUGAGGGGGGCGGUGACGGGCAGCAGGUUACCAGUGUGGCGAGGGCAAAGGCCGCAGGCGGGCCGGCACCGACACCGACCGAGGCGCGAGUGGAGGGGAGCCGCCUUCUCGGGGAUGAGAAGCCGGGGCGGCGGCAGGGGGACCAGCUCCCCUCUCGCCUGCUGCUGCUGCCGCCGCCGCCGCCUGUGAGGAAGGGGAGCCUGUCCCCCUCACGGCCUUCCCCCGCGCCCCGGAUGUGUGGGCGGCCGCCUCCCAGCUUCGUGGUGGGGCCGAGUCCCCCGAGCGCCGGACGCGACGGAGGCAGCGGCGGAGUCCCGGGAGGGGCGGCUGCGGCGGCGCUGCUGCUGGGUGCGGAGGGCGAAGAGGCGGGCAGGUGAGUUGAGGCGCGGUGGCGGCGGCGGCGGCAGCAGCAGCAGCACACCUGGCCAGAGCCAGUACACCGGCUUCGAUGCCUUUCUUCCUCCUCCUCCUCGCCUGAGCCUUGCCAGUCAAAGCAGGUCGGGGAUCUGGGGUCUUUGAGGGUCGUUCCGCCUUCCCCCCCACUCCACGGGGCAGCAGGCACCAUUGCCCCAUUGUCUGGCUGACUUCUUGGAGCCCUACUUCUUCAAAACCCUGCCCUUUCCCUAGGACGGGGCUUUUACUAUUUCGAGCCAGAGCCUCAUGUAGUUAAAACGACCUUCUGUGGCCCGUGGGUCUUCUCCCUAAGGAGUUGGUGGAUGGGGGUCCCCACCACUUGGAGGUGAGGGUGUCUCAUGCCCUGUUUGUGGGGGCACUAUUUGAAAUGGGACACUGGUUCCUACAGGCCUAUGUUCCCUAUGCUCUCUUUAUGUGGGUAGGGCUAUCGAUUGUGGCCGCUGUUGGGAGGAGCGCAUCACAAAAAGGGCAAAAGUUGCAUGGAGUUGUUUGCAACGGGCAGACGGGUCCCAAAGACCCCAAAUUGCAUCUGCUUCUACGUUCCGUUGGCAAAAGGAGUAGAAAUUGGAGCAGUUGCGCUUUCACGAAGUUUGGAACUGAGUGGUUUGGAUUGUGACAACUGCGGAUUUGCUACAACCAGUUGUAUUGGAACUCUGUGCAGUUUGUUCACUGAAGUUAUCAUCCUAUUUUAUUCCUCUGCCCAUUAAGCCCAUGCUUUGUUAUAGUGAAGUAGUGGUUCUCAGCUGAAUUGGGGAUGAUACAAACAUUCCAACCUCCACACGGGGACUACUGAUAAAUGCUUCUACAUUCUCCAAAACUGUGUGAAUGAGCAGUAUAGUGGCAAUGUAAUUCAGUGUUAGCAAGUGUAAAAUGAAGCACGUUGGGGCACAAAAACCAACAGCAAAAAAUCCUACGUGCUAGUGGGGGUCAGAACUAUCCAGGAAUGAAACCUUGGGGUUAUGGGGGAUAGCUUGAUGAAUAUGUUGAAUUUUACUUUAGGGAUCAUUAACAAAGUGAAUGAAACUAAAAUACCCUGUAUCUUAAUGCUAUUAUAUAAAACUGGUGAGAACAUGAUUGCUUGCUGCAGCUGAAGGAGGAUAUUGAAUAUCUGGAAAAAAGCCAACCAAAAUGAGCAAGGGGGUGAAGCAACUCCCCGGUGAGGAAAGGUUAUAACUUUGGAGCAGCUUGGCUGUCUUUAAAAGAUUAGACAGAUCAAUGGAGGAUGAGUGAAUGUGAAUGACUACUAGCUAUAAUAGCUAUGGUGGGAGACAAUAUGCCUCUGAAUGCUUGAGAAUCGCAAGUACGGUGGUACCUCAGUUUAUGAACUUAAUCCAUUCCGGAAGUCAGUUCUUAAACCAAAACCAUUCUUAAACUGAGGCGCGCUUUCCCUAAUGAGGCCUCCUGUCGCCAGGGCCUUUCCACUGUUCUGAUUCUGUUCUUAGACCAAGGUAAAGAUUGCAAACCGGGACACUAUUUCUGGUUUUGCAGAGUUCAUAAACCAAAUCGUUCGUAAACAGGACUGUUCUUAAACUGAGGUACUACUUUAUUGCCCUGAGAUCUUUGGAUGAAGGGCAGUAUCCAAAUUAAGGAAAAAAAGAUGGGUGGGUGCUGUCAAACUCUGGUCCUGCUUGUAGGCUUUCCAUAGGCAUCUUGUUGGUCAUGGAAUCAGUAUCCUGGACCUUUGUUCUGAGCUCUUACAUUCCAAUGGGAACGGGGUAACACUUGUAUACUACACUCGCCAUCAUGUAGGCUACCCAAAUUGCCUACAGUAGGCUACCCAAAUUGCCUACAGUAGGCUACCCAAAUUGCCCACAGUAGGCUCCACAGUGGUCUUGUACAGUCUCGGUGGCCCUUAAGGCAGGUGUGCAGUCUCCAAGCAAAUGAGUCAAUCUACAUGAUCAACAUUUAUUCAGUUUAAGUAUUUAUCACUUUUUAUGGUCAAUCCUUUAAAUCAGGCUUCCUCAAACUCGGCCCUCCAGAUGUUUUAAGACAACAAUUCCCAUCAUCCCUGACCACUGGUCCUGCUAGCUAGGGAUCAUGGGAGUUAUAGGCCAGAAACAUCUGGAGGGCCAAGUUUGAGGAAGCCUGCUUUAAAUGGAUCUUCCAGCAAGGGGAAAUAUUUUUGAUAUCAUUUCAGAAGGUAGUGCUUCAAUAAGAACAGUGAGUGCUAGUUAACCUUAUGGAAGGUUUCCUCAUUCCAGUGUUCCCUAAAUGUUUUGAAUUGCAACUCCCAUCAGCUCACCCAAAAUGAGCAGUAGCCAGGGUUGAUGGGAGUUGUAGCCUAGCAACUUCUGUGGAACCUCUGAUUCCCAUCCCUGUUAUAGAACCAGCCAGUCGUUGUGUUGCUGUUAAUUGUUCUGUUUUUCCCUCCCUUCUACUUAGAUUUCAGACUGUAUGGAGGCUGGAGCAAUCUAACUUUUCUUCUUGGUGAGUGCAUCUCAGUGGAUUUACCUUUGCUUGCAUUUUUUUUUGGAAUAAUUGUUCCCGUAUAUUGUUCCAGGAAUGGUGCUCUUACUCCUAUAAGAUACAUGGUUUUUGUAGUUUAUUGGUGGGAAUUCUGAGAAACACUCAUGAGUCUAUAAAUAUGUUGCGGCCUCUAGUGUUGUUAGCAGUUGAAGAGUGUUGGUGACUUGUAACAAACUAUGCCACUUGUAGGCAGAUACUAACAUGUUAGCUGAACAUUGGACUUGAGUCUAAAUUCAGUUUGGCUGUGGCAGUUUAUUAUGUUUGUUUCCUGUUUUGAAAAUUGAACUUUUGUUCACCUGCAGGAAGUUGUUAUGGGGAUCAGUGAUUUUACAAUAACUGCUCAUUAUGCUGCUGUACUGAACUCUUGUGAAUAAUCUGCAUAAUACCUUCUCCAUAUGGCUGUCCACUUCUUCAUGGCAACCAUGUGUAUCUAACCCAGAUUGCUACACUGAAGUUUCUACACUAGCAGUGUGGAAGGCAUCUGUUACAAAUAUGAAAGCUUUCCUGAUUGGGAAGUUCCACAUAGCAAGCUGUAUUAAAUACUACAUUUGGGUAUAUAGAAGUAGCCUGUGUGGAGAAGGUAAUCUGUAGAUUGGCCUUUGUGGACCAACAUUUGCACAAUACCCAAUUCCUACUAAUAGCGUAUACAUAAUUGCCACCCGUGGCCUAUUUAUCAAUUGGUUUCAACUGAAUUUUAUCUCUGGAAGUAAGCUUUAUUUCAAAGAAACUUUACACACAAGUGUAUCCAAUCACAGUUUUAUUCAAAGAUACCUGUGGAUAGUGAGAUAUGCUCUGUUCCCUACUAUUCUAUCUCCCUAUCCAUUUGUGGGGGAGAGAGAUUCUUCCUCACCUCCAAUAUAUGUUGCAUACUGAAAAGACAGAAUUUGGACGCGGGUGGCGCUGUGGGUAAAACCUCAGCACCUAGGACUUGCCGAUCGCAUGGUCGGCGGUUCGAAUCCCCGCGGCGGGGUGCGCUCCUGUCGUUUGGUCCCAGUGCCUGCCAACCUAGCAGUUCAAAAGCACCCCCGGGUGCAAGUAGAUAAAUAGGGACCGCUUACCAGCGGGAAGGUAAACGGUGUUCCAUGUGCUGCGCUGGCUUGCCAGAUGCAGCUUGUCACGCUGGCCACGUGACCCGGAAGUGUCUGCGGACAGCGCUGGCUCCCGGCCUCUAGAGUGAGAUGAGCGCACAACCCUAGAGUCUGUCAAGACUGGCCCGUACGGGCAGGGGUACCUUUACCUAUUCAAUAACUGUUAAAGAUUAAAAUAUUAAAGAACUAAAAUUACAUGACUAACUUUUAUUCAAAUAGUGGAAAAGCAUUAUAUUUAAGACUGAUAAUUUCUACAUAGUUAAAACUUCACUUUUUAACAUUUUGUAAAUGCCAUGCUUUCAGUUUUACUAAUCGUAGUGAGUCAGGAAACAAGUUUAGUGGAGAUCACAAGGUCCCUUAGCAUAUUAUUACGCUUGGACUUCUGUUUCCUCCUGAUAUCCUUCUUCUCUUCCUCUUCAUAAAGACUGCAUUGCAGAUAAGCUUAUCCCAAGGGAGUAGUUUAAUAACUGAACACACUAUUUUAGGGUACAAAUUAACUGAUACGAAACUUCCAAGAAUGUACAGGUAUUCUUAAUUUCUAUAAAUUGAGAAUUUCUGUGUUCCUAGAGACAUUAUUGCGUUUGUGGAAUGACUUACACUUGCACAAUGAAACGUUCCCUCCUCUCUUAUCCCUCUUCUUCCCAUCCUCUUCAAGUGUUAGGGGACCUUGUCCCAGCAGAGGGGUGUGUGUGUGUGUGUGUGUGUGUGUGUGGAACGGAAAUGAGAGGAAGUUCCAUUGUGUGAGCAUAAGUCAUUCCACAAGCGCAGUGUCUGCAUUGGCUAUAACCUUAUUGUUUAGCAUUAUGUACAGACCAGGAUAAUGGUGACAGGAAUAUAAUUGUAGAGUUGGGAAGGGACCCUGUGGAUCAUCUAGUCCACCCCCCUGCAAUUCAGGAAUAUGCAGCUGUCCCAUAUGGGGAUCGAACCUGCAAGCUUGGGAUUAUCAGCACCGUAUUCUAGCCAACUGAGCUAGCUAGGCAAAAGCAAUGAAACAAAGACUUGGCUGUAUCACAUUUUUUAUUGACUUUGUUUUGUAUAGAGAUGUGUGGUUCCGCUUGCAUUCAUAAUGCCAUUUCUUUUAUCCACACUUCUUCCGCUUGCUUUUAAAAUUCUGUAAUGUUUUUGUACUUUGGAUUUGUAAAAGAGCCUUUGCGGAACUGGUCAGAAGUGCCUGGGAACCAAAUUAAAGCAUAUUGCAGUUUCUGCACCACAGGAUUGUUGAAUGAAAUCUUGCCCACCUUCUAAAUUGUUUGUGAGGCUUCUGUUCCCUACUUUGUAAAACACACACUGGAUAUUCUUAUCUGGCCCCUGUACCUCUUUGUGCUAUUUUUUCCCCCUCCAGCUGUCCCAGCUCCUCUCCAACUAGCAGUUCUCGUUCUCCCUCUUCAUCUCCCUUUCCCUGCCACCUUCCAAUCUGAAGCAAUGGAACAUGCAGCAUUAAUUGACUCAGUGCUUCACUCUUCUUAUUUAACAUUUUUUGAUUCGCACUUGGGAAUUCUUGAACCUUGCUUGUUUAUAGACCUGUUAGCAAUGAUAUAUGAAACCCAAUCUGUGCAUCCUUCCUUCUGUAACCCCUAUUUUCCUGAGGUGAGGUCUCAGUUUUCCUGACUUUUUCGUAACUGUCAUUUGAGAGUGGCAUAGUCUAGUUUUAACCAGAAUAAGGGAGUUAUGGUAUGGCUUUCAUUUAGAGUUGUGUGUGCUCAUUAAUGGACUUCUGAGGAUGAGCUGUAGAAGACAUUGUGUGAAACUUCUAAUGUGGAAGAAGGGAAAGUCUGCUGUGAAGGAAAGGCUCUCAACCUUUGAAGGCGGAGGUCUGAGAGAAGAUUUGAAGGGAUUACUGAAGGGAAGCUUGGUGAUAGGAAAAUGAUUUGCUUGCUCAAACAGUAGAAAGAUUUGAGCAUUGUAUGAGAAAUUGGCAAAAGUAUCUAUGUGGUUUGUUGUGAUUUGUUUCUGUGUGUGAUAUGUGUUCUUACUGCUACACAUGACAAGGUGGUAAUUUAGUGACAAACUGUCAGUUUGAUAUGAUUUUAGUAUCCCUUUAAAAUGCUGAAAUAAGUAAAAUGAAAGAACAUUGUAUAUGGUUUAUUUGUUAAUUCUGAAUGUAGUGUUUAGUAUAAUAGAAUAUAUACAGUUUAUUUAUCUAGCCUACUUAGAACCUAGUUUCUGUGUUCAAGUCAAAACCAAAAAAUUGUGUUUUGUUUACUUAUACUGUAGUUGUAAGCUUCUUAGCUUUAAAGGCAUCUAAUAGGGCAGUUCUAACAAUGUCUACUCUGAAGUCCUAUUUAAUUCAACAUAUCUAUUCCCCUAGUUGGUUACCAUCACCAUAUCUUCUGGUAGAAAAUUCCAGUUUAAGUAUACUGUGUGUGCAGUACAGUCAUACCUCAUGUUGCGUUCGCUUCAGGUUGCAUUUUUUCAGGUUGUGGACUGCCGAAACCCUGAAGUGCCAGAACGGGUUACUUCUGGGUUUCGGCAGUUGCGCAUGAGCAGAAGCACUAAAUUGCACUAUGCGCAGAAACACCGAAUUGCAACCUGUGCGUGGUUUCCACUGUACUUCAUUUGAGGUAUCAUGAAUCUUCUAGUAUUCAGUUUUAACCAAUGUCUUUGGGUUCUAGUAGUUUGAAUUUCUGUGUCCAUUGAAUUUACACUAUGCAUAAUUUUUUAAAAACCUUCAUCUUGUGAUCAAUUUAUUUCCAGGCUGCGUCAGUUUCACAUGCGUUCAGUCCAUAAGUGUGCUUUGUCCUACCUAUUUCUUUGUCAUUCUGCAAAUAUAAAAAGAACAAGUUAACACUUCACAUAGUGCACAUAUGCCUUUCACUAUAUUUUUGAAGCAAAAUUCAGAGAAGUUCAGAAACCAAAUGAUAAUGACAUUCUUAUUUGCAUAUUAUUCUGGGAUGUAAGAAUCAGGUUUGUUUAAAGAAUUUGGACCAAAGAAAAUCCUCAGGCAUGCCUACUUCUCUGAACAUGUGGCCCUCCAGAUGUUGUUGGACUUGUACUCCCAUCUGCCCUUACUGGCUUGUUAGGGAUGUCAGGAGUUUUAAUCCUGCAACAUCUGGAAGACCCCAAAUUUCCCAUUCCUGCUUGCUUUUCCUGAACUUAAAGGUCCCUAGAUGUUGUAACCCUUCCUCACAGUGGAGUUGCUUUGGCUGUUCGUCAUUUUGGUUGCUGUUUCCUGAGUUUUCCAUUUUGAGACAUGCUGACCCAAACUUUAGGCACUAUAGAUCUAUAUAAAGGCAUUACAAUUUUAGAAGAUUGUAAUCCCUUUGCAAUCCUUUUCAUAAUAAUCCCAAACAUGGAAUAUAUCUUUUUCUCACCUGCUGCACAUUGGGUCAACGUUUUCAUUGAACUAUCUGUUUUGAACCCAAGAUUCUUCUUCUUGGUUGGUCAUCACCACCUCUGACCCAAUCCAUCUAUUUAUGAUUUUUUUUUGCCCCAGUAUCUAUCACUUUUUGGACUUGUUUUCAUUGAACUGCAUUUGCCAUUUUACUGCCUGUUUAUCUUAUUUUGGAGAGAGCCUUUUAGAGCUUAUCAUUCUGAAUAAAUUGAUGUCAACUGCAUCUAUUCACUUACCUUAGCACCCAAGCCCUAGUAUUGCAGCUUCAAGUUUUUCAUUUUUGAUUCAGUUCGUACAACAUCCAGAAUAAAGAUAUAAAUUCUAUAUAUCAAGAAAGGUAGUACUUACUGGAUACCUGCAUUCCCCUCCCCCCAUUUGUAUAACAACAUACUUUGAAAACAGUGAGAUGUGAGUACUUUUCUCUUUCAAAUUUCUUACUAUGAUAACACCACUUAUCAUAAUAGGCAUCGUAUUGCUUAAGUACAAUUAACUAUAUAUCCCAAAUAAAUACUGGAUUCAAGACUAUAGUGUAUUUUAUGGUGUUAUGUGGAAUCUUUGUCACUGUUGUCUAAAAAGGCCUGCUAUACCUACCCUUCAUGAAAAUGAUCUAUAGUUUGUUGCAAAUAAUUUGGUAGUAAUUUGCUUUGGGAUAUUUUUGGUGGUGAGAAGAGAGAUAAAUUCAGUAAGCAUAGCCUAGACAAAUUGUUAUUGACAGCCACCUUGAAAGCUCUUUAGAAUGGAAAGUGUGUGAUACAAAUAUAUGUCUUAAAAACAAAAAUGGUUCAUGAGUACAUUUGCCUGCAAGUAAGCCCUUUGAAUUUUAUUGGAAUUUCAUGCCAGGGGAAGAGAUUUAGGGUUGCAACCUAACAUCAGAAUACUACAAUGACGUAUUUUAGCUGAACAGAUCCAGUCUGUUGUAUUAAUUGUAAUCCCGUUCCAGCAAUUUAAUGUAUGAUAGCAGGUAUGUAGUAUUUCACUAAUAUCCCUGGCUUUGUGCUAUCUGAAACAUCUUGAGAGUAGCAUAUAAGUAACUUAUUUCCAGUACUGUAUACAUCCCCCCUCCAUACAUUUAGUGCUCUGCCUUGUGGACAAUUACCUAUAUGGUUCUUCUGAUCAAACAUAUUGGGUGGGCUCUGAACUAUGGUGAAUGUCACAUUUCAGUGUUGAACCAGUGCACAACCCUUGGCACAAAUUGCUUUCACUGCUUCAUCUGAAAGAGCUAGGAUAUGCAAACUGAGAUUUAUUUAUUUUUAAAAAAACCUGACCGUUUUCAGUGCUUCAUAUUAACUGAAAAUGAUAAUAUGGUGGGGCCCCAGUCUUGGGCUCUUGUCCAUUGCUUGACUUUGUUGCCUUCUAGAGCCAGGCUUGGCAUCAGCUGUUCUACAAAUACACACUUUGUGGGGGGCAGUGUGAAUUUGAAACUUGGGUCAUACAUGGGGCAGGCAUCUUUGCGUAGAUUAGAAGUCUAAAUGUUUGAAUUGCUUCAUGCUAACAACAUUAAUUCUUUGCUUUUAUUGGGCAUGCUAAGAAUUGGUUUUCUGUUAGACUUGUAAGAUGUUGAAUUAAUAUGGAUUUGAGUAUUUCACAAAAGUUUAGAUGCCAGUUCAAGUGACAGCCCACUAAUUAAAUGUCAUUGUUAGACCUUGAGAACUGGACUUGGUUCAUGAAGCUUUUUCCAAAAAAUGUUUCAAGUGCAAUAACUUGAAAAGAGUGAAGUGAAUGGGAAAGGAGUGCUUGUCAUCCUCUUUAAGCAAUGAAUUUGUGUACUGCUCUAUUUGCAUGAAAAAGUAGAUUUCUGUACAUGACUGUCUUUAUACUGCUCUCAGUUUUUACUGGGAAACAAAAUGUCUUAAUUCUUCAGCUCUUAAAUAGUGUUUAGUUUGGUUCACAAAGUCUUCAGUAACGUUCUAUUAACUUUGUAAGCAUGCACAAUAAUAAAGAUCAAGGUUAGCUUUAUUUCUGUAGUUUCUUGUAGUAGAGUGAUGUUGUGGCUUUAUUUCAAUUAAGUUUUUAAAUUAAUCAAGAACAGUUUGAUUCUGUGGCAUUUGCUUAGCUGCAGUGAAGACUUAGACAAUACGUUUUAAGUCAUAAAUGUUCAGUGUUCAUUUAUGGCAUGUCUAAAAGAGAUGAAUAAAAGGCUGUUUUGAUCUUUCACAACUUCCUUUAUUUGAAAAUCCUGUGUAACAAACUGAUAUUUGAACUUUUAGUGUAUUGUCCUCUGUAAUGGUCAGUAGAAGAAUCGUACUGCGCAGAAGUAGAAUUCUGCACUUGUGACUUUAUUGUCAGUAUCUUCAUAUCAAUACAUUGUAUUGAUUUGAUGCGCCUUUAGUAUUCUACUGUAUUGGAUUAAUUGAGUGAUGUAGCAUUUGUGUGAACCUGUGAUAAGAUGGCUGCUGUGUCUCAAACUGCUACUGCUGUAGAGCAGAAAAUAUAUAAUAUUAAAAUAUCCACUUGGUUGACAGAAAGUUGUCUGUAUUAAGCUAUAGGAAAUUAAUUUUAUCUUCUAAUACUACUUGCAAGUCUUUAGAAGCACCUGAUACUUAGAGAUAAUUUUGGCAAAACAUAGCAGAUUUAAUCUGCAAAAGAAGACCAUGCUAAAACUGUUUAGAGGUUUUGUUCACAAUUAAGAGGUAUAAAAAUUCUGCUUAAUGCUGAAGAAGACUUUGGGUUCUUUCAGGAUAAUAUUUUUAUUCACGUUUAAACAAGCCAAUCUAUUGGAAACUAGUUAAUAGAUAUUCAGCUGUUCCUCCCCCCUUUAUUUUUAAUCUUAGAGGAAAGGAAGUGUCUUCUUCUGAUUUCUCUGCUGCUCCAAAUGCAACCUCCCAUAAUUGUUUCUCCAUGUGGUCUUCAGGUGAAGGGUGGUAUGCAAAUUUAAUAAAUAAUCAUAAGCACCAUUAUUGUUUGGAGAGCCCAACCUCCAGAGAAACUUUACAAGGAAGGGAAGGAAGAUUCAGCAAACACCCAACCUUCUUAAAGGGCAGUGUCCUGUAGGUAGAGCUCUGCUCAUGAGAAGUCUGAAUCCAACCCACUGCCUUCUAAACUGAUUGUAUUCUUAAAUAUGGGUAUGUAUCUAUGGAAGACAAAAAUACUUGUUUGAGUUAAUGGGACAGAGCAAAUGAAGCCCAUAAGUUGCAGGAGAAGAAAUACUCGUCCUGUUACAGAAUCAAAUGAUAUACAGAAUGCUCUGAUUCUUGGUUUACAUGCUCGGCAUAUAGAAAGAACAAACAGUAUGCAUGUCUCUAAAAAAAAUAUAGUUCUGAUUAUGGGUGCCACAAUUGCCAGGUUUUGAUGGCCUGAUAGUAGAACUUCUGACAACCUUGUAGUAACUAUUUCUCAUGUCGUUCCAAUGGCAGAGUGCAGACAUCGAGACCCAGGCCCUGGGAAACAGCCCAGAGUGGUUAAUAGGAAAUCAGGAUCUAUGCGAAUGAUGCUAGCAUCUGUUUGUUAUGUGCACUUUGGACUAGAUUGGCAUUGAGCCCCUAUGGUGCAAAAAACAAACAAAUCCCUGCACAUUUUCAGGACACAACUUGGUUAUUCAGGAAUGUAUCCAUUCCUUGCAGCAUAAUUAUUAUGGGUCAAAUUCUAGCUCAAUCCCUGAAGCUAAUAUUAUCUCCAGUUUAUUUUAAUGCUCAUAUUCAAAUGACAUUACUGAUGAUAUUGUCAGUGUGUCAGGUUCAAACAGGAAGGAUAUUCACACUUUCUAAGUGACUGUCCCCAUAGUUAUUCACAAAUUAUCUGGGUUAGAUGCAUAUCAGUCGACAGAAUCAGGAGACACAACAUAUUCUUACGUCCUGUGUUCAAUAUGUCAGUUAAUAACCUGUUUAGGUUUUGCUAUUACCAAAACUAGUAAUUGUUCAUAUUUUCACUCUUGCAGUAAUUAGCAGUAUCAGCUAAAGUAGAUUGUAUACGUGAAAGCUGCCUGAGACUAAGGAAGCAGUACUGGAGAAUAUCCGGCCCUAAAUUUACCUCUUAUCCUAUGAGGCAACAUUCUGGGGAAAACAAACUAGUAUACAGAUUUCCUUUCUGAACUUGGGGAAAUGUCCAGUGCCUUUUGUUAGAAUAGUGACUCUUCCUUUGCUCAGACAGUUUUAAAUAUUCAAUAAUAUGGGGGCUGGUAGUGUAGAUUGGCAUAAUAAUACAAAAACAAAUUAUUUAAGUAACCUGAAUUGCAGAGAACUUCACAUAUUUUGGAUACUUGCAUGAUUUUUGAAUGUAAAUGCAGUAUGUAACAGUAACCUACUGCCUAUUCAGACAGGAAGCAGGAUGUGCUGCUGGCAUUAAUCACUGCUUCUCUCUAACAAAUGGUUCUCCAGAUAUAUUUGUUAACAAUAACUGCCUUCCUAUUACAUUCAUAAUUUCUGUCUCAAAUUGAAUCAUCAGUUAAGACUGGCACAGCAAUCCUAUGCAUGUUUCCUCAGAAGUAAGUCCCUCUUACUCCCAUGUGUGUUUGGGAUUGCAGCCUUAAGCUCCCUAUGUCACGAUCCACAUUACCUUCAUUUUUCUUGUGUGCAUAUGCAUACAUUAUGCAUUGAGGCAUGUGUUGUGGCUAUUGUGCGAAUACAGCAGGCAGCAUCCUUUGCAAAGUAAUUUUCUUAAUUGUUAUAAAAAUGUUAGUAUGCAAGUUGUUUGGGUGGAAAGCCACCUUAGUUUCUGUGAAGUCAUGUUCUUUUGCUAAAUCCUAAGUAUUAUAUGUAUAUAUUAUCAGCUGUAAACUAUAGCUGAAAUUUGGAAUGAAAAUGCUUUUACAGUUGACAUGGUUUUCCUGCUGAACGCCUCCCCUCUGUUUUAAAAUGUGUUACCACUAGGGACAUAGACUUGGAGGUCUGGAUGGGACUUGAAGGUCAUCUUGUUUGAUGCUCUACCCUAAAGCAGAAUCUUGCAGUUUGAAUUGAAAUGGACUAGACAGCUCCUAAUGAUCAGUAAUGGAAAUGGAUCUGAAUUAAAUUAGCCCUCUCUGCUAUGAUGUGAACUGAUUAUUUUCCAUAGCUUCAAUCAAGGGUAUAUGUUAUCAAUACUGUUAACAUAUACAUAUUAGUCUUGAUGAAUCACUUGGCAUUGAGGGCAGAAAAGGCAGUCAUCACACAAAGAGAAAUUGUUCAGUUAAACGAGAAUAAGAGAAAUUGAUUUUGGGCAUGUCUCUCUUUCUCUGUUCUCCCCCUGACCCCAUUCCACUGUAUUCCCUCUCUGCUCAGUAAAGGUGGUUGUCCUUUCCUGUUCUCAUUGACAAGUUACCCCUCCCUUCCCUUCUGCUAGAUUGUACAGACAGCAAAUUGACAAGAGCUGGGGUGGAUCGGAGAAAAGAAAGCAGUGGAUGUGAACAAGACUAUGUUAUAUUCUCAGAUGUGAUCAGGGCCAUUGGCUGGGUUGGGCUGGGUGAACACGUGACUGGAAUGUGGCUGUAUUGGCUCUGGCUUUAGCGCAGACAGUGAAUACAGGAAGGUACUGGGUGUUGAAGACUGAAUGGAGGUGCGGUCGGCGUCGGAGAUGGGGUAGGUGAAAUGUUAGUGUUGUACUCCUGUUGGAAAUGAGCACUGAGUAUUGGUGUCUGUAAGGACAGCAUUGUCCCAUCUGGCUAGUGAAUGACAUUUGUCAGGAAAGGUAGCCUGGUUCUCUGUGCAUGCAUUCGCUUCUUAGCUUUUACAGAAAGAACUAGGAAUCAAGUCCUAGGAUUCCGAUCCAUGCUUUUGACAGAACGAGAGGAUAUUGCGAUGGCGAGCUUUGGAAGCGAUAGAAAAAGGACGCUUUUGUAGCACGAAAAUGGUUGUUCUAAAGGUUUGACAUAGAAACAAGGAGAAAAUAGUAUCUUAGGAGACGGAUAAAGGGCAACAAAGAAUGAAACAUUCAUCGCUUAGAGGAAUGAGCUGAGCCCAUUGAAAUCCUCCCUUCUCCUUCUCCUCCUCCCUCCUGUCACAGUAGCAGCAGCCAGAGAAAGGGACACAAAGCAGCAGAGGAGAUGCCUUGAUUUGAAUCUAACAACCCCACAAUGCAAGGGCUGGAGGGGGAGGAUGAGGAAGGUAUUGUAGAGAAUGGAUUAUUGUAAUUUUGAAAUGUUAAGAUUUGCUUUUGGCUGGCCUGCAUAAUAUUGCAGAGCCAUGAAGACUCCCCGCUGGAAAUGCUGUGAAAUCCCAGUGCCUUUGUUAGUGACAUGAUGUGUUGCUGGCAUUUCUGCGGUUUACUGCAGCAGCUUUUGCUCCUUUACUGAAAGGGGAAAAGCUGCAUAGAGACAAGAGGUUCUGCUGCACUGCUGCACCCAGGAAUGCAGUAGAGCAGUUGCCAUCCCUACAAAAGCAAAUUCCAAAAUGUUAAAAUAUAAAGAUGAAAGGGAAAGGGAAAGACCAGUAUUUGUCAUCUGCCCGAAGCUUUUGACUUGAUCUAUUCAUCAUCACCAUAAGAGAUUCUGAGAGUUAUUCAGUCUUGGAUACUAUUAGUAAUCUUAAUAAAUUAUGUAUGAAGUAGUGCUCUUUUCUUUCUUUUUUCUCGUCAGAUGCAGUUUUAAAUGUAAUAAUUAGGUCAGCUUUGAUGCAUCACUGUGGAGGAAAAAUGGCUAUUUUAUUUGAGCAUCAGCAGAAUUAGCAGAACAAUGAUUAAAGUAUAAUAAAUUAUCAAUUCAUUUUCAGCAGUAUAAGUCGAAGGCAGUACUUUUGGGAUGAUUGGCUUUUUUGGGGGAUCAGCCCAAAAAUUCUUGAAUAAUUGUGUGUUGUAUUUACUUGGUGCUCCCAAAUGCUAAAACAGUAUUUUAGUAUUUAUGGCAAUUGUUUUUAAAUUACUGUACACUUUAAUAUUCUGAUUUGCCACAUUUCAAACUAUAGCAAUUAUUGUUCUUGCUGGCUGAUAAAGAUAAUGUGGAUUCAAAAAUUAUAUAUAGCAAGAAUGCCAUUUUCUACUUGGUAUGUACAUUUUUUAGUGAAGUCAUCAGUUUCAUUAGUGGACUAUAGAUCUAUUAGUGGACUAUCAGAUCUAUUAUUUAGAGUAAUAGGCCUGUGAAUACUUAGACUUCCUUAAAAUUUAUAUAAAUAUAUUCAAUUUCAGAUCAGCUAUAUAGAACAGUAUAAGUAAUCAUGAUGGGAGCCCACAUGAGAGAUGCAUUCCAUUAAAUAUUUUCUUAACAAUUCAGACAUAAGGACAUGAAUAAUCACUAAUUAAAAUGAGUAUGUGAUUAGAAGAACAAGCUUAAGGUUCUUCUUGUAGAAUUAUUAGUCCCAUUAAAUAACUAUAGGAGCUAGGAGAAGAAGACAAAAAUCUUGGACAGCAGUGGUAGUGCAGAGGCUCCUUUGGAUUGUUCUUCCAUUAUUACUUUAAACUGGGUAUGUGCAGAGAAUCUUCUCUUUAAAAUGGCACAAGGAUUCAGUUAUACUCUGUAUACUCCAUAAAGUUGGAGCCUACAUAAUAAGCUGGUGCACCAAAUUUCAAUUGUCUUGUAAUGGUGGAUAUGACGGAGAAUUUAUGAUGUGUUUUCAAUAUAUGAAAAUACAACAUUUUUGAUAAGUCUUUGUGAUGGGUAUUUAGUUUACCAUUCUGCCAUUAUUAAAGGAUCCAAUCAGGAAGAGAUAAGUCAAUUUAUUGUUGAAACAGAUUUCUAUAUGGUGGCAGGCUGGAUACUAUGCAGAAUAAGUGCUGAUGAGCCUUCUAAAUAUAAACUGUUUCCUGUUGUUUGACAUGUGAAGGUCACUAUGUUGGAUCACUUGUGAUUCUGAAGUGAUGUUAUUUGUAAUGAUAAGUCUUAUUUAAUACAAUUACUUGUUUUCCAAUAAGUGAUCCAUGCCUUUUAAAUGGGAAAUAGAAGUGCUUAGAACUCUUUCCUGAAUCAUGUGCAUAACUGUCCCACUUUGUGUUUCUUGAUUAAGACAGUACUGCAUGGUGUUGAUCUGGUUGUGGACCAGAUCCAGGUGCUCUUGAAGGAAACUGAUUUUUUCAAUCAGGGUUUCCUAGACUUGGGUCUCCAGCUGUUUUUGUACUAUAAUUCCAAUCAUCCUUGCCCACUGGUCCUGGUGGUCAGGGAUGAUGGGAGUUGUAGUCCAAAAACAACUGGAGACCCAAGUUUGGGAGACCAUAGUAUCCUUCUGCAGCAGCUGUCUGAGUUAGGGGUAGGUGGCACUGCUUUGCAGUGGUUCCGUUCUACUUGGAUGGCUGUUUCCAGAGGGUGCUGCUUGGGGAGUGCUCUUUGGCCCUGUGGAGCCUUCAAUGUGUGGUUCACUUUUAUCACCUAUGGUGUUUUAACAUCUUACAUGAAACCACUGAUUAGGGUUAUCAAGAGUUUUGGAGUACGUUCUCAGCAAUAUACUGAUGGCACACAGCUCUGCUUCUCCUUUACAUCUGUAGGUGUGGCAGUGGAUGUGCUGGGCCACUGUCUUGCCUUGGGAAUGGACUGGAAGAGAGCCAGUAAACUGAAGCUCAAUCCAAAUAAGACUGAGGCACUGUUAGUGGGCGGUUCCCUAUACCAGAUGGAUGGGAGGUUGCCAGCUCUUGAUGGGGUUACACUCCCUCUGAAGGAGCAGGUCCAUAGUUCGUGGGUAUUUCUGGAUCCUCUCCUGUUUGAGGCUCAGGUGGCUUCAAUAGCAUAGAGUGUCUUUCAUCAUCUGGUGAGUCAGCUGCCGCCCUGGCUGAACAGGGAUAGCCUAACGUCUGUCGUCUAUGCUGUGGUAACCUAGGUCAGAUUACUGCAAUGUGUUGAACAUAGGGCUUCCUUUGAAGUUCAGAAACUUCAUCUAGUGCAGAAUUUGGUGGCCAGGUUGCUCACUGGGGUAAGACAGUUUGAACAUAUUUUACUGAUCCUGGUCCAACUGCACUGGCUGCCAGUUAGUUUCUGGGCCCAAUUCAAAGUGCUGACCUAUAGGUUUGACCUAUAAAGCCUUAAACGGCUCAAGACCGCAAUACCUCAAGGGCCGCCUCUCUCCAUCUGAACCUACCCAGACUCUGCAAUCUUCAUCUGAGACCCUUUUGCACAUACCUCCUCCAUGAGAGGUCUAGAGGGUGGCGGCAUGAGAACAGGCCUUUUUGUGGUGACUUCCCAUUUGUGGAAUUCUCUCCCCAGGGAGGCUCGCCUGGUGCCUUCAUACAUAGGUGCCAAGUCUUUGGCUGAUUCUAUGGGCUUUUAAAUGUGUUUGGGGGUAUUGGUUUGUGUUUGCUUUUGUUUUAUUAUGUAUUUUGAAUUUUUAUAAUGCGAAGCGCCCUGUGGUCUUCAAAUGAAGGGUGGUAUACAAAUUUUAUAAAUAAUAAAAUAAUAAAAAAUGCUCUGACAAGCCCAUCUUUUCUCCAAACUCAUUUCACAGGUGUCUGAAUAGCUUGUAGUAGCUUUGUUUUUCAUAACUGCGUUUAAAGAAGUUUACUUCCUUUGCUUGACAUGUGCACUCACUGAAGCAACAUUUGAGAACCCCUUUAAAUUAGCUUUAAAACCAAAUAUUGUAGAAUUUGGCUCUAUUCAUUUGAUUAAACCUUACACCCCUGCCCACUGUGUGAGACCUCUCCCACUAUUUGUGCCAGAAGAGAGAGGCAGAGAGAGAGAGCUAAUGAAGCACCUAUUGUGUGCUUCUGGGAAAUAACCGACUUGUGUACGGAUGCUGCCCAGCGAGACACUGUCAGUCAUGGGAUAAUUGUGAGAAAUGAGACCCUGCAGAAGCAGGAUCCUUUGCAUACACGAUGUUCCCUCAUUGCACAAUGCAGCAGAGGGUUAGGGCUGCUCUCACUCUGGAUGCAUUCUUUUUCCCAUGAGUGAAGCAAGAGACAGCAGAUCCUGCUCCCAAAGGAGAAGUAGGGAUGUAGCAGCAGUUGGAUCCCAUCAGGUUAUCUAGAUCAGAGGCAUGGGGAAGAUUUUUCUGUCCAAUGGCCAUAUUCCUUCAGUCUCCCAGGAGCCAUAUGCUAGCGGUGGGUGAGCCCUGAGGCAAAAGAGAUUAGAUCAGUGUUUCUCAAACUUGGGUCUCCAGUUGUUUUUGGAUUACAACUCCUAUCAUCCCUAUCUAGCAGGACCAAUGGGCAGGUAUCAUGGGAAUAUUGUUGGACAGUGGAUAUUGUGUUGGUCAAGGAACGGGCGUGGCCAUAUGGCAAAGAAAUAUGUACAGUAAAGUGGUUUUGUUUUAUUCAUAGUUUUGUUAACCUGAGGUCUUCACUGUGGUAUAAUUGACCAGCAUGAUUUGUCUGUUGUGGACUUCAGUCUGAUGCUUCCAGUGUAUUCACUGCUUGCAAGGUCUCAGAACUUUAACAUGGCAAAAGUUCAAACAAGGGUAAAACCUAAUGGUAUUGGGGACAGCUGUUCCGUCUGAGUUUUUUCAACAGUCUGAAGAAAUUUAUGAUAAGUGCUGAAAUGUUCUAUUUUUUUUUUUAAGAAUAAUUUUUUAUUAACCGACCAAUCACAUCAAAUCAAACCAAAUUACAUAAAUUCCAAAUUACACAGCCGAAUUUUAAAUUUUUGUUGGGGGUACCCAUAUUUCAAGUUCCGAAGGGGAUCCAAUCAACUUCUUGCUUCUUACUGCUGUUUUAAUGUCCACAAAUCUAACCUUACUGAAAUGUUCUAAUAAUGCUGGUACAGUCAAACCUCGGAUCCCGAACGCCUCCGUUUUGGAACGUUUCGGCUCCCGAACCUCAAAAACCCAGAAGUAAAUGCUCCAGUUUUCGAACGUUUUUUGGAAACCGAAUGUCCAAUGCAGCUUUCACUUGAGUGCAGGAAGCUCCUGCAACCAAUCAGAAGCCGUGCCUCGGUUGUCAAACAUUUUGGAAGCCAAAUGUCUUCUGGAACGGAUUACGUUCGACAACCAAGGUUUGACUGUACUGGCAUUGAAAAAUUAUUCCUUACAUGGCUAAACAAAGUUCAGUAAAUUAUGGAAACACCAUGAACACAGCAUCUCAUUUAAAAAAGAACUUGCCUUCAUGCAGUAAGUUAUAGUGUAUUCUUGUGCAAUAUCUAGCUGUUCUCUUGUGAGUGAGAGAAUACAGAACACCAACCUUUAGCUGAUUGUUUGUUUGUUUGCUUUAAAAAAAAAUUACCAUAAUAAUAAUGAUUUAUGAAAUUCACCAGUUAACAUCCAAAAUACAAUCAAAAGGAUGAUAUCUGUUCUUGUUAGUAGAAUUCUUACAGGUUGCAUCCCUAAUUUGUUAAAUAUAUUUUGAUUAAACCGACUAUGGAGCUAGUAAAGAAAUACUGAGACUUUUGAUCUUAAAAAAUGUAGUAUAAACACCAACAAUUGGGAAACACUGGCCUGCGAGUGCCCCAGUUGGAGAACAGCCUUUACCAAAGGUGUUGUGGACUCACAAACUCAGGAUGAAAGGGAGAAAUGUCCCCACUGUGGAAGGACGUGUGGAUCCAGAAUUGGCCUCCACAGUCACCUACAGACUCACCAUUAAGACCGUGUUCAUGGAAGACAAUCCUACUUGGCUACGAGUGAUCUUCAGAAAAGAAGACUUGAGACUUUUGGUUCCUUUCCCAAAUCUUCAGGUUGAGGUUAUACCGUAUUUUUCGCCCUAUGGGACUCACCGGCCCAUAGGACGCACCUAGUUUUUUGGGGGGGGGAAUCAAGGGAAAAAAUUUUAUUCCCCCCCCCCCCCCCGGUUUGCGCAGCCAUCCCCAAGCUAGAAGAGGGAGACGGAGCGCUCCGUCUCCCUCUUCUGCCUUCAGGGACAGCCUCUCUAGCCUCCGUGGGGCAGCGGCUUGCCCCGCUGUCCCUGAGCUUGUGGGGCUGGCGGGGGGGAGAAGCUUCUCCCCCCCGCCAGCCUCUAGACCAGGUCUGGGAAUAGCGGGGUGGGGGCGCUCCGCCUUCCCGCUAUCCCCCGAGCUUGUGGGCUGCAGGCUGCUCCCCACAAGCCUUGUGAGCCCGCAGGACCUCCCGCCGGGCUUGCAAGGCUUGCGGAUAGCUUCCUGAAGCCUGGAGAGCGAGAGGGAUCGGUGCGCACUGACCCCUCUCGCUCUCCAGGCUUCAGCGAAAGCCUGCAUUCGCCCCAUAGGACGCACACACAUUUCCCCUUCAUUUUUGGAGGGGAAAAAGUGCGUCCUAUAGGGUGAAAAAUACGGUAGCUGUGUUUUGCUUCACACUUUGUGUGAUAUCUCCUUCUGUUACUCAUGAGCUGACACUGCAUAAUGGCAAGGCAAUGAAUCGAUGGGGGAAUUGCGAAUGUGAGAACCCCAGAAUUUGUUAAAGCUGGCCUGGUUUGCAUAAACAUUUGCUUGUAUUGCUGCUUCUUUCUUUCUUUCUUUCUUUCAUUCAUUUCCUUUCUUAAGUCUUGUCUAUACAAGAUUUUAACAGGUUUAAUUUGCUUGGUAUUAGUAGAGGGUUGGUUGAAUCCAGAAUAUCCUUUGUGCCAGAGCUCAUGAUUAAGAUUGAUUGCUUUAUUUACAAUUUGUAUUACAGUGGUGCCUCGCAAGACGAAAUUAAUCCGUUCCGCAAGAGUCUUCGUCUAGCGGUUUUUUCGUCUUGCGAAGCAAGCCCAUUGACGGAUUAGCGCUAUUAGCGCUAUCAGCUGUUUAGCGGCUAUUAAAGGCUUAAAGGCUGAGGGGAUUAGCUGCUAAAAGGCUAUUAAAGGCUAUUAAAGGCUUAGCAGAUUAGAUAAAGGGGGGGGAAGCGAAAAAAAAAUCUCAAGACUCGCAAGGUAUUUUCGUCUUGCGAAGCAAGCCCAUAGGGAAUUCGUCCUGCGAAGCAACUUCAAAACGGAAAACCCUUUCGUCUAGCGGUUUUUCCGUCUUGCGAGGCAUUCGUCUUGCGGGGCACCACUGUAUAUCCAAUCCUAUGUCAUAGGCUUAGGCUGGAUUGCCCUUGACUUGCAUGGUUUUCUGUAUCAUGCCAGAGCUGGCUUCAGUGUUCCCCAUACUCUCAAUCUUCAUCUUUCUGUAGUCCUCCUCCUCCACUCAUCCCUUCUAGAGACAUUUUAACAAAAUAUUGCCAGUGAAAUAUUCAACCACACUUCAACUUCAGCCAAGGAGAACUGCUGUCUCUAUUCUCACCUGUCAUUCUUUUCCCAGGUUCCUUUUGUAGCUCAGUUUGUUUCCCCCUUGAGAAUAUUGGCUGAUACUUGGCAUUGUGAAAGCAGCUCUUGCCACUCAUGGAUGAAAACAAACAAACAAAUGGAACUAACUUGACAGGUUUCUGUCCAGUUAUGUGAAUGCUACAGUGGAGGGGGCAUGGUACUGCCUUGAUUAAGGGAUUCAGUGAUGAAUCUACCCAUCUUUGUGCAAGGCGAAUAUAACUAUAGAUUUAGGCCUGUGUCCAACACACGCUUUUUAGGGAAAGUAUAUUUUACACACACACACACACACAGAGAGAGAGAGAGAGAGAGAGAGAGAGAGAGAGAUUGAGAGAAAGAUUGAUUGAUUGAUUCUUGGUAACACACCUGAUCAGCCUGCUUCAGUCUGACUUGUGACCUAAUUAUAGCUUUGUAGGCCCUCAUGGAUGAGCCUCAUCUCAUGAUUGAUAAUACAAUAUUGCUCCGAAAUUUUCCAGCAGUUUGGACCAUACAAUUUGUUAAAAUCACAUUUUUGUUGGGAUUUCAGGGCUAGUUCCCCAGUCAUUUCUUUUCUUAUAGAAGCAGUUGGUAGCCUCCAGCCUACCAGGCAUCCCUGUCCAGCCCACCAAGGUCCUGGUCAAUUCCCCCCCAACUCCCCAUCCUAAAGGCAAGAGAAGCAGUUCCCCCUUUGCUGUCACUCGGCUUUACCUGAACAAAUGAUCAAUGGGUGAUAACAGUGGCAGGCAAAUCAUUGGGAGGGGAGGUUAAAAGUCUCCCUGUGAUUCCCCCUUUCCAUUGCUUAGCUGCUUGGGAAUCAGCUGAAAAAGCAAAAAGAAGAGUUGCUCCAGCAUUUCCCAAAGAUUCCUGAUGGAUUCAUCUUUUGCACUGUGUAAGAGGAUCGUGUGUGUGUGUGUGUGUGUGUGUGUGCGCGUGCAGCAAGGAAAUGCAGCAUGCAGGCUAUCCAGGAAGAGCAGCUGGUGGAGUUUCCUCUGUGCACUGAGAAGAAAAAACAGUGAGGGGGGGAGAGAGAUUGAAGGAGAGCCUAUAUUAAAUCUGUGUGUGUCUAUGUUAAAGGGAGUGUGAUGUCUGACUCACCCACUAUUUAAAUGCAGCCCCCAAUAGCUUUGCACUAGGGUAAUGAGAACUUCGGCCCCCCAAAAAGUUCACUGCUCUUAAGUCUGCUCAGAAACAGUCUGCUUAGAUAUGGGCAAAAUGCUGUGGGGUGUGUUCCACAAGGCUAUGUGUCCAUUCCAAUCUAUGUUAAAUCACUUGGAAAGAUCAACUGUAGCUGUAGAGUAGAAGUGGGAAGCCUCCAGUCCACGGACCAAAUGUGGCUCUCUAGGACUCUUGUUAGGAGCUUGGUAUUCUCAUUAGGCCACACCCACUUCUCACUGACCCUGCUCCAUGCCCUGGCCUCAAGUGCUUUUUACUGGCUGAAAUGUAUUGCUGUUGGUGAUAAUGAUGAUAAAUCCUUCCUUGACUGGAUGGUGGACAGAAAAAUGUGGACAUUAGUGUAGAAAACAAUAUGUAGCAUGCUGUAGAAAGAGUCACAUUCACUCACUUUUUGCCUCUGGCCCCACCCACUGUUAGUAUUAGGAGUUGUGACCUUAGGGCUGAAAGGGUUUCCCACAUUUGCAUUAGAGGGACGCGGUUGGCGCUGUGGUCUAAACCACUGAGCCUCUUGGGCUUGCCGAUCAGAAGGUUGGCGGUUCGAAUCCCCGCAAUGGGGUGAGCUCCCAUUGCUCGGUCCCAGCUCCUGCCAACCUAGCAGUUCGAAAGCAUGCCCAAAACUGCAAGUAGACAAAUACUUCCUCUGGCGGGAAGGUAAAUGGCGUUUCCAUGCGCUGCUCUGGUUUCGGUGUCCCGUUGCACCAGAAGCGGCUUAGUCAUGCUGGCCACAUGACCCGGAAAAACUGUCUGUGGACAAACGCUGGCUCCCUUGGCCUGUAAAGUGAGAUGAGCGUCGCAACCCCAGAGUCAUCUGCGACUAGACUUAACUGUCAUGAGUAUGCAGGUGUUCUGCAUUUCUGUGACCAAAUGUUCAGGACCUGCUGACUGUGCCUAGAAUGGCUGCUUAGAGGUGAUGUUCUGGUGAUGUAAGGGCAAACAUUCUGAAGCUGACUCUAGACAAGUCCAAAGUGAUGCUGGUGGGGCACUGGCAGUGACUGGCUUGGAAGAUGUUAUACAGUGGUACCUUGGGUUAAGAACUGUAUUAGGUUGCAAUCUGCUUAUCUGAACAGCAGAGCUUUGGGGUUCUUCUGGACCUGGCACUCAGCAGAUCAUAUUAUCAGAAACUUUAAAAAAUGAACUAGAAUUGGAAGAGACCAUAGUUUUCUGAGCUUGAACAUAAAUGAGAAAUGAAAGCAGCUUUCAUUUCAUACUCCGCAUGCAUGAAUGAGAAGUGGGGAGGGGCAACAGUAAACCAUAGUUAAUUUGUGAUCAGACCACAGCAGGGGGUCUCAUAUGAAAAUAGGUGGAUUCUGAGAUACUCUGAUCUCAAUCCUUCAGAGGCUUUAGAAGUUGAUACCAGCUCCUUGAAUUGGGUGCAGAGUUAACUGGAAGGUCAAUGCAGUUGUUCCAAAGCUGGCUGACCUUAUACCAGCCUUGCCACGUCAGUUAGGUUGGAUAUGAGUGGUGGCAUUGAGCAUUGCCUGGAGUUUCUGAGCUAUCUUCAAGAUCAGCCUUGUUUAAGAUGCUUUAAAUUAAAGAGGUUUGGGGAGCAUACAGGCGCUUCUGGAGGUAAGGUUCUGCGUGAUUCUACUUCACUAAGUAUUAACCCUGGGAGUUCUUUGCUGAUUGAAACCUAAUAAACACAUGGUCAUACGCAAAUGGUUCAGCAUAAGUAACCUGUUAAAAUCAUAUUCCGUCUUUACUAAUGUCUACAAUUUUGGACGUAAUAGUGUGAUAAUUCUUCUAGGCAUUUCUGAGGUCAGCAAUGGGACUUCUUACUCCUUCCGCUGCUCCUACUAGUUGUCCUGAGCACACCCAGCCCAAGGAGGACAAAUGGCUGGUAGUUUAAUUCUGUAUUGAGAAAGCAUGAACUUACAGGAGCUUAUGAGGCACACACGUGCUUCUGGUGGCCAGGUGGCUGGUGCCCCUCCCUGGGCUUGUGCUCUGAGCUGGACUGUUGGAGUAAUGGGUGGCCACGCCUACACCCAAGCUUAAGUACUCUUGCCUGGUAGCACAAGUGUAAGCAACCUGCAACUUCUACACAGAAGUUGUCACUGUGCCUGCCUCUUCAAGACCCUCCUGAUCCCAGUGACAGUGGGGGCAGGGAUUCUGCCCCAGCUCCCUUUGGGCACUGUGUUUCCCUCAGCAGACCCCUCCUCAUCCUCUAGCUCCUGCUCCUGUCUUGCAGGAAGCACAAAAACCCAUAAAUAGCUACCCCAUUCUCCUGGAUCAGCCUCUGGCCCCACCACCUCUUCCACCCACUGCUUGGAGCCCUGCCAGUCCUUGACCCUAGCAAUCUCCCACACUGCAUUGCAUUGUGAUCCAGUCUGGGGAGCUUCAGUAAACUGGAAAGCAAAUGGCAAUGAGGAAACGCAUGCCAUAAGGUUCUCUGCAUUUGGGCUUUAGCAUUGAAAAGAAGGUCCAACUUACUACUUAACCUUUGUGGCAAUGCAUUUAUUAUGAUUUGGAACCAAUCAAAAUGUAAUUUUGUAUUGCUGUGUGUGUGUGUGUGUGUGUGUGUGUGUGUGCGCGCACGCCAAGGCUAGGGAAGCAGCAGAACUAUAAUUUGUAUUGACUUCAAUUAGAACUUCCUGGUAGAAAGCAUUUUUCAUGUCACUAAACAAAGCUUGUUAAGGUUUAAAAAUAAGUGAGUAAGGUAGCCAAGUUUAACAUGGUUUAUGUGAUUAUAUGAUCAGUUUAAAAACCUUCCACAAGAUACAAAAAAUACUAUAUUCAGCUGGGAAAUGAAAUAGCAUGUUCUAAUUAUUUCUCUCAAAAGUCAACAUUCAAAGUUCACAAUACAUUUUGGGGGACAAAUGAACCAAAACAAAUAUUUCUUCUUUAUUCUGCUGUAGGUCCUGGGGUAGCCCAGAAUGGCUGCAGUGUCAUAUGAUCAGCUGUUAAAACAAGUAGAGGCAUUAAAAAUGGAGAACUCAAACCUUCGACAAGAACUGGAAGAUAAUUCAAAUCAUCUUACAAAACUGGAAACAGAAGCAUCCAAUAUGAAGGUAUAAAGUUCAUUUUACUUUAGUAAAAAUUUGAAUUGUCCCACAAAUAUAUCCUAUAUGUCACCUUGUGCAUUGAUAUUAUUGUCUCCUCCCUUCUAGAAUACAAUUUAUUUAUCUUAAAAAUAUCUGUACUGCACUAUUUCUUAGAAAAGUUCAAGUCAAUGCUCAUCUUCUGCAGGAGAACAAUGCAUUGUAGAGGAAUUGCGUAGGAUACAUCUUGAAUAUGGUUGCAUGAUAUCUAUAGUCAAAUAAUUUUAUUUAUUUAUCUAAGACCUGUAUUUUAAGGCUAUCAUGUUUUGGCUCAAGCUUCACAGAGCUGGGAAAUUGGAGGUAAAGUCUUGUGCUUUAAGAGACAUGUCCGUGAUCAGAAAUGAUGUUUUGGUUACUUAACAAUUUACAUUCAUUGCACCCAUGUUUUCCCUUAGUUUUUCAUGCUUAAUGAUUUCUUCCCAUCCAUCUUUUUGUGUGUCUAUAAAAGGCCAGUUUCCUUUGCUUUGUGUGCAAGAAUAAUAAUUAUGCUUUUAGAACUUUUAAUAUAAUUCCCAAAACAAUAUUUUGGAUCCUAGUAUGCAUGAAUUAGUUUUCUGCUUUCCUUCCAAAAGCAGAAAAUAUGCCACAUUUCUGCUUUAUAUAUUGCACUGUGAAAGCAUUCAGAUACAUCCGUUGGGCACUUUCUGAAAAAUAACCAUACAAAACAGGAAUAACCAUUGUGGAUAAGAGAUGCAGAGUUUUUUUUGCUUUGUUUAAGAACUUCAUUUCUAAUUCGAAACAGAACCAUUCCAUAGAUGGGUGAUCCUCCAUGAAGGAAAUAGCUGAGGGGUAUUUCUUUAAUUAUUUGUUCAUGGAUUCAUUGUAUCUACUCGUUCUUCUGAAAGCAGAAAGCUAGGUCAAAUAAGUUUUGAAUCCUGUGAACUUUUUGCCCUGUAGCCAUGCUUUUCAAUUUGUUUUACUUAUUGGUAGAGCUUCUAUUAUAAAUAGAAAAUCUUCCAAACAUCUUAUCUAGCAGUCUACCUGAAUAUAGGCCAUUGAGCAUUAAGGGCCUGAAAGCCUAAUGGACUCUCUUAAUCCAUCAUACACUGGUCUUCUGUUUGUUAUGUUCUUUUGUUCUUAAUACUGUUUUAUUACCCAUUCACUUUUAAUAUAGAUAUUGCAAAUUGUACUGUUUGUGCAUACAGGCACACUAAAUAGCCUUGUACAAUUCUUAGGAUUUCUAAGAAACCCAAAAAUCUGUGAAGUUUUGAAAGCUUCAGUCUGCCAUCUUGAUUCAAAAUGGCAUCAAAUUGUAUCCAAACAUAGAUGGGGAAAAACGUUUUCCUUGAUCUCGGGAACCAACCUUGAUCUCGGGAACCAUCAUGCAAAAAUUGGCUACCAUAUCUUAAGAGGUGACCAAUUUGGGAGGAGCAGCCCUUGCUGAGGCACUAACUGGUGACAUAAUUUAAUGUUUCUCCUUGCCGCAGGACUUUAAUUGCUUUGAGUGGUUGUUAUAUGCAAGCAUAUGAUUAAAGCUACACAACUUCUGACUCAUUAAUGUACCCAAAAGUAAGCUUGUAAAAUUAGAUCUUAGGGAGGAAAUUGAACGUGGUUUUACUGAGGACUCUGAGGAGGCUUCCAAUAUAAAAAUGUCUAAAGGAAGCAACCACUCUCAAAAAGGCACGAAAGGGACGGCUAAUAUGGAGGACGAUCAAUACCCACAUAUAUAAAAUCAGAAAAGUGUUCUUGCCUAACUGGGUAGUGGCUCUUGCCCUAUUUGAGAGAAAUUUGAAACCUUGUUUGUGCAAAUAGCAAGCUUAACCACAACAAAAAACGAAGCUAUGAAUGUGGGUUUAAGUAAUCAGAAAUACACUUGCUGCAAAUGAUGGCAGAUGAUUUGGUGUUAAGUUAGAGGAACUUUCAGACAGAUAUAGAUAGAGGGGAAAAUCAAAUUUAGAGAAUUUCCAGAGAACAAGGAAUUGGGCUCACAAACCAGUUUAUAAUACAUUGGCUGCAUACAUUGAACCUUAAUAUCUCUGUGUCAGCGCCCAACUUUGAGUGAGUGCUGGGAGGCAGUAGCCGGGUGGGCGAGGUCCUGUGAGAUACAGUUGUAAAAUUUGAACACUAUAGAAUCAAAGACUAGGUCCUUCAGUGUAGUCAGUUGUGGACCUACAUUUUGGGGGCUUUUCUGAAGCUUGAACUGUCGUGGGGGCGCCUUCACAACCAGCAAUGAGGUCUGCGUAAUCAUGGUUAUCUUCUUCAAUAGGGUGGUUCCACAACAGAUCACUAUACCUUUGCAACAUCUGUGCUACUAACUCUCAAACUUUGGGAUUGUUGAACUAUAUACAAAAAAUAAUAAUUAGUUGAGAGUCGUCCAAUCCAAAUUGGGUCUACUAGAGCCAUUUUUUAAAAGCAAUGUGGACUAAUGUUGCUACUGGGGCCCCUCCGGGAUUAGGAGCCCUGAAGCUUAAACUUCAUUAGUUUCAUAGUAGAUCCAUCCCUGUGUGUAAUGGCGCAUCUGCCUUGUGGAAUAUGCUGCCCUUUGAAGUUAGACAGGCUCUGACCUUACAAUAUUUCACUAGAUACUAAAAGCUCCCCUUUUCUACAUGCUUUCCUCAAUUAAAAGUUGACUCUCAUGGAGUAUCAGAUUUCUUUUGGAAAACUGUUUUUUAUCUGUAUUAUGUAUUACAUUUUUAUUGUACACUGAUGUAUUGCUAAUGUUUACUGGUUUAUAUUUUUUUCCAAAUAAAAUAAAAUUACAGUCAGUUUUGGGGUGAAUCUCUUCUGUUUAUAAUCCGUGUGAGUAGUACUGAAAUUUCAAGUACGGUACUUUUUUGAAUCCUUAAUUGUAAAACUGUUUACUAAAAGUUUCAGCAAAAGCAACUAACCAGUUUUGGCCAAGGGUGAGGGAGAAAGGUUUAGUUUAGAAAAAAAUUGCUGUUGGAGUGGGAGAUGUUACAGAAUAGUAACUUUUGGUAUCUCACUGUGGUGUACUGCUGCUUAUUUUCUAGGAGGUGCUGAAACAGCUGCAAGGAAGUAUUGAAGAUGAGGCAAUGGCUUCAUCUGGACAGAUUGAUUUGCUGGAACGUCUUAAAGGUAAACUUGGAAAAACACAGCCAGUUUUGCCAAACAAAAGUUGUCAGUGUAAAUAAUUGUUUAUCUUGGAUCAGAGAUUACCAUAUGGGUCUUUAAGUAUUUUUUGCCACACAAACUUGUUAAACAUUCAUACCUAAAGCAGGUGUUGCCUAACAAUAUGGGCUUUACAGCUAUGAAGCAGGCAUGCCAAUUGCAUUGCAAUAUCUCCUUUCUCUUGCAACUUUAAUUUUUUAAAAAUAUUUUGUUAUGAGGAUAAAGUUACACCUUGAUUAAAAUUUCAUAGGGCUGCAAGGCUUCUGAUGAAGUUGUUUGGGUAGAGGGGGAAUCUAACUCAUAGACUACCAUUUGAUUAUCCUGUUCAUUGAUUAAUAAUAAUCUCUGCCAAUUCUGACUAUAACAUUUUGACUUUAGAAUUUAUUAGGGCAUUUUUUACCUGUUCCAUCUAUUAAGAGGAGAAAAGGUCAUUUGAAAAAUUAAGAUGUAAAUAGCUUUUACAUAUGUUAAAUAUCCGGCACUUUUUAUUUCCAUUCAGAAUUGAACUUGGACAGCAAUAACUUCCCUGGAGUGAAGUUAAGGCCAAAGAUAUCCAUGCGUUCGUACGGAAGCCGGGAAGGGUCAGUUUCUAGUCGAUCAGGAGAGUGCAGCCCUGUUCCCAUGGGGUCGUUUCCUCGAAGAGGUUUUAUGAAUGGAAGCAGGGAGAGCACUGGUUAUUUAGAAGAAUUGGAGAAAGAGAGGUAAUUUUUUUUAUCAUAGUUAUGUGUUUUAUGAAAAUGCUUACAUUUUAAAAGGCCCCCUCUCUUCUUUGGGUAGGGGACAAGGCAAAAUAUUUCAAGUCCUGUGUCCUGCCUGGUAUUCUGAUAAGUCAUGUUUCCAUUUCUACAAGUAUGGGAAUGUAUGUUGAAACAAAAUCUUCACUAGUGCUUUGCAGAACAUCUGGAUCAAAUGUCCACCAGCAUGAGCACAAUCUGCUGCUCUGCUCAUAGAUCUCUCUAUUGAACAAAAGCUACCCAUGCCAACCCAUGUGCUUGAUGGGAAGGAUAUUCUGAAAACACAGCAGCUCCAUGUUUCUCUCCUUAAUCGGUAUUCAUGGAGAGGUGACUUAUGCAGGCACUUGCCUCUUCCUUCCAAUAAUCUGUUUAGCUGGAAAUCUAGACUCAAAGUUGCUCUCCAUAGACCAUAGGAUAUUAAUACAUACAGUUCAUUAACUUAUACGAGAGCAUUUCAGAAUAUGCAUAUGUUUUAGUUGUUAAUGACGUGUUUCAUUCUUAAUUGCAAUUAUCAAGGGCUUGGAUCCAGGGGUGAGCAUGCAUAAGCAGAAGGCGUGUGAGGAGGGGUCCCUUGACUGAAAUCUCUCUCAUAGUCGCACAUUCUCACACAUUAUUAUAUAGCAUUAUAGAUGAUCCUCUGUUCCUCAAGGGUGGCUUUUCAGAUAUGCAGGGGUCAGCAGAGAGAGGACAAGGGGAACCAGACAUUGUGCAACCAUGAAAGUACCUUCUGCUCACGCACAGGAAUCUUUGGAUGCAAGCUAGGAAUUACGGCAUAUUCUGUAUUCUGUAUUUAUACUUUGUUGGCUAUGGGUUAUAGGAGUAGACAAAAUACUUAGUAUCAGUGUCUGUGUGGCUUUACAGUAUAAUGUAGUGUGUAAGAAAAGAACAAACAUCAUUCCAAGAGACAACCUAUAUAAUAAUCAUAAAGUUUGUAACAUUUUAUAUUCUGCCCCUCCACCAAAGAUUUUGAGCACAGAUGGAGUAUUUCCAUUUUAUUUGCACAACCCACUGAAAGAGGUUAGGGUAAUAAUAGCUUGCUAGGGUUAGCCAGUCGCUGUGAGGAUUUUAUUCUAGGUUCAUUUCAUGCAAAGCUAUCUCAUAUGCCACAUUGAUUCUAAAUUAUAAACUUGAUUUUGUCUUUCUUGAACAGUUGAAGCAUAGAUAUUUGGCAACUGAAGUUAUUCAUUGCUGUUGAUCUUGUUUCAUUAAUAGCUAUUUCUAUGAUGAUUUAUAAUUAGAUACUACAAUAUAUAAUACAAGGUACAACUCAAGGCCCUUGCCCAGCUGCCUCCUCUGACAGAGGCUCUGAGAAUGGCAUCAAGGGGCAAAGGCCUCCUCGGUUGUGGCCCCCUGUCAAUGGAAUGCUCAUCUAAAUUAUGCUUGUCUGACUCCAGAAUUGAUUUAUUUUUUGUGCCAGGUUAAGCCGUUCCUCUUCUUCAAGGCAUUUCAUGGAAUGUGUUCCAACUGUGUCAAGGCUUUAUGCUAGUGUUAUUCUGAGUUUCUUUUUUGUUUGUGUUCAGAAAAAAAGUAGGAAAUGCCUUCUAGAUAGAUAUUUGCACAAGUGUAAAGGAAGUCAGAGGUCAUGGAAUCAUAAUGGAAAGCAAUUUGUGUUGUUUUUUCCCUUAAAUUUUUUCUUCCACAAAUUUGAGUAAGGUUUUUUUUUCAGUUGCAGUCCUUUAAAAAAAAUUGUCUUCAUAGAAAUGAUUUUAUGUAUGCUUCAUAUAGCUUUCCCUCUUAUAAAGGCUGCAAAUUGAACACUGAGAAUUAUGAAAACACAUUUAUAAAGUCAAUUAACUUUAUUUGGUUAUUCCAUUUAAAAUGUGUACUUUAGUUGAACUGGCUCAGCAGGAGGCAAUUUGACUCAGAAGAUUUGUGUCAAACCCUGAGCAUUUCAUUUCUUGUUAGAUACAAUACAGCAGAGAUGAUUUAUGACUAAAAGCUAUGGCACCCCCGGCUAUCGUAUGUCCUACAUAAAAUGACAAUGUUCUCCAACCCAUUUCCCCAUUGUACGCAUAGGAGUCGCAUUUCUUUCAACUUGAUGUUGAAGAGACUGUUUUUCUACACCUGUUACCUUUUCAGCAAUUGGACAACUUCUGCCAUCUAAUAGAGCUUAACGACUAACAUUUGGUUCUUCAUUUAUAGGUCUCUCUUGCUAGCUGAGCUUGAAAAGGAGGAAAAAGAAAAAGACUGGUAUUAUGCUCAGCUUCAGAAUCUGACGAAGAGGAUAGAUAGUCUUCCUCUUACUGAAAACGUAAGUGGGAAUUGUAGUGACAUAUUCAGCCCAAUACAAUCAAUAUAAAUUCAAUUCCCAACACUGCACAAGUGGAAGCAGCUCACACAAUGAAUCCUUACCACAGUCUCCCCUGCAGCUCCUGAGAAAUCUUUUGCAGAGGUGGGGUGGGGUUCCACCAAACAUUGUGGGCUGUGACAUAUGGGGCUGCAGUGAAAAGACAGAAUUGCCCCAAUUCAAAUGGAAACAUUUUUGCACUCCACAGGUGCAAAAUUAGUCUUCCUACUUUUAGGCAGUUCACACCUCCAGCUGCAGUAACACACCCAUGAUUUUUGAUUGACUCUCUGGAGAUGCUUUUCAGAGAGCACAAGAGGCUGAAAAGUGGGGCGGGGAAAACACCACUUUUGUGAGCUCCAUUUUUUUCUUAGUUGAUUUUUCUUAAAGUUUUCACAAUACAAUAAAAUAAUGUCUAGAACAAAUAGAAUUGAAAAGACAAGAAAGAGAAAUGGGGGAAAGGAGGAAGAAAAGAACACAGAGAUAAGAAACACCAAAGAUAAAGGUGGGGGAAACUUCUGAUUCUCUGUCUGCCGGUUACCUUAGAAAAGGUCUAUUUAAGGCACUCAGUCUAUCUUCUCCGCUUUGUUAAACCAUAUUUCUUUAUUAUUAAUAAUAAUAAUUAGCUUUACAUCCAUUAGUUCCCAUCACCAUUCCUCUGUAUUGGAUAAUAGUAAUUUCUUCCAUCCAUGUCCAUAUUAGAAUUUCUCCACUGUGGUCACAUAUUGGAGCAUUUUGCUUGUGCAACAUUGGCGUUUUAACAAUUAACUCCUGUGCAAAAGGCCACACAUACUUACAGAGAAUGGGGUAAAAGUGAGAACUUAUACAACCAUACCAAUACCAGCUUCCAUUUGCUUCUAGACUAAUAUCAGCAUAGAAGGGGGAAAUAUCAAGCUAUCUGGUCCCUCUUCCCCCUUGUCUUCCACGUAGGAGUCUAGUCUAGAACUUUUUUCCAGCCUUAUGCAGUGUAUCAUUAGCUUAUUUGGCAGUCUUCAUGUUAGCAUUAAUAAAAUUGCUUCUCGGAAUGAUUUACAAUGGAACUUGAUGCCAAACUGCAAAAAUAAUUAGUGUGCAUUAUAGACUUAGUUAUGCUUUGUUGGGAGAUUAGCCAGUUGUGUGUGGAUGAGCAGUCACCACUAUAGGGGUUCAGAGUUACAUGUUUUCUCUAAAUCUGUAUGCUUCAUCUAUAUCCUAGAAUUGUGACAUGGUACUUGGUUUAUUGGGAUCUGCCUUUUAAAAAGUUCCUAGCCUUCAUGGCAGGAGCUAAAAUGUGUAAAUGUGAAAGACUGAAUUUGGGUGCAAGGUCUCAAGGCAUCCUUGUUUUUCGUUUAAAUUUGUAACUCAAUAUAUCUCAAGUAUUCAGUAUUAAAACAAUCAAAGGAUGGGGCUCUAUGGACUGUAUAGCUUCUUAUACUUACCACAUCCCACAACCUAAAGACAGGUGAGGCUAAAAAGAAACUGUGUGAAUGGGAAGAGGAUUCCUUACCUGACUAGUAUUCUUCAGUAUCUGUCCUUCCAACAUCCCAAGAAGUUUCAAAAAGGAAAGUAGAGGAAUAAUGGGACCUUCAAGCUUGCAGAUAUUGGGAUGGUAUCUUACUACAUUAGGGAAGGGAGUUAAGAAGUCAGCAAAAUGCAUGCCAAUAUUUUAAUUGCCUUCUACAUCUUUAUAGAUUUUCUUUUUUGAAUGGCCUCAUUCUGCCAUUGUUGCAGUCUUUGUCAUAUUGGGCAAGAGACAUUAAUGAGGUGGUGAUCUAAAUUAUAGACAUAGGAUCUUCAUUUUUAAAUUAAUUGUUAUUAUAUGAAUGGUUUAUUAGCAGCAUAACUGAAUGUGUUUUGGUUCUAGUUCUCCUUGCAGACAGAUAUGACUAGAAGACAAUUGGAGUAUGAAGCAAGGCAGAUCAGGGCUGCUAUGGAAGAACAGCUAGGCACUUGCCAAGACAUGGAGAAGAGAGCACAGGUAAUUAUAUAACAAGGUUUUACAAAAAUUGAAAGAGUGUCUGUGCCAACAGUAAACUUAGUUAGCUUUCAUAAAACUAUAGUGCAUAAAUUUCUGACUGCAUCACCAAUAAUAUUUCUCUGCCUGUAGCAGGGGUAAAGGAACCUAUGUUCACUCAUGGGGGGGCUGCAGAAGCAAAAGCAGAGGGGGUGCACUUUCUCCUCCAUCCUUGCACAUGCAUCCAUACAUUUUCACUGUCUUGCAAUGCACACACUUUAUUCUCUCUUCCCUCCUUAGUCCUGCUUCCCCAUGCAGGCUUUUGAAACACUCCCAUUUGGUACUAGUGGGAGCUUUUAAGAAACCUAAUUGCUUCAUAAAGGUGGGGGAUCAGCCUUCACGGGAAGGGGAGAAUUAACCCUUUUCUGUCUAGCAUAGAUCCUUUACAAACAGGGACCUUUUGAUAGUAACGGAGGCUUUUUAAAAGUUUGAUUGCUGUGGAUGGGUAGGCAACAAGGUUAUAAACCUGUAUCUGAACUUCAUUUUUCCAAGGUGAGAGUUGCUAGAAUUCAACAAAUUGAAAAGGAUAUUUUACGUAUAAGACAACUCUUGCAGUCCCAAGCUGCUGAAGCAGAGGUUAGUAUUUAUUUUCUGCCCUUUAUUUAUGUACUGUACAUGCAUGUUUGAAACAAGUAAGUCGACCUGACUGAACAAGGAGCACCUUCUAUAUAAAUAACCAAUAACUCUUUGUGGUUACUCACCUGUGGCUGAGCAAUUUUGUGUUGCUUUUAGUCAAGACAGCAGUUUCCUUGUUUAAAGAACUUGUAUCCUGCGUUUCAUCUUCGAGCGUGACGUAUUCAAGGUAGCUCAUAUGAUCAAUCACUGAAACAGAUCAGUAAGAGAUACAUUACAGUUUACUCUUGCUUUAAAGCUACAUGGCAUCAGUCAUAAGAGAGAAACUCAAAGUAGCCACUGCUCAGCAAUCCUAGACUCGCCAUGAGAUCAAAUAAAUUGUGCUGUUGGUGUUUUUAUCUUCAUUUUUUAAUGAACCCAUUCGGCCUCUGAGAGAGAAAAUGCUCAGAGUUCAGGUACAGAUAUGUACAGCAUUUUUAAUCUCUAUCACCUAUGGUCUUUUUAAUUAUUGUGAGAGUUUGGAACCCUUUGCUAGCUAUUGUAUUCCGUGUCUGAAGUUUUAUAGCUUUUGUAGUGAGGUCCUGCCAAAAUAUGUACAGGAAGUUGCAUUCAGUUGCAGGGCAGGUAGAGACACAAGUGCCAGUGCCCAAUUGGGACUCCUAAAGUGCACUUGUUGGCACCUCUUUGGGACAGCCUACUCCUUUCCAGGGACGCGGGUGGCGCUGUGGGUUAAACCACAGAGCCUAGGACUUGCCAAUCAGAAGGUCGGUGGUUCGAAUCCCCACAAUGGGGUGAGCUCCCGUUGCUCGGUCCCUGCUCCUGCCAACCUAGCAGUUCGAAAGCACGUCAAAGUGCAAGUAGAUAAAUAGGUACCGCUAUGGCGGGAAGGUAAACGGCAUUUCCGUGCACUGCUCUGGUUCGCCAGAAAUGGCUUAGUCAUGCUGGCCACAUGACCCAGAAGCUGUCUGCGGACAAACGCCGGCUCCCUCAGCCUGUAGAGCGAGAUGAUUGUGCAACCCCAGAGUCCUCCACGACUGGACUUAACGGUCAGGGGUCCUUUUACCUUUACUCCUUCCCAAAGUGGACCAGGUGAUGAGCUGAUAGGCAGUGACUCCAAGCCUGCUGGAUUGACUGUGCAACAGAGUUCCCAGUGAGCAGCUGUUCUCUGCAGAAAGCAGGCUUGAAAUCACUGCCUGUCAGCUGAUUGACAGUAAAGUCAAGCCUCACUUGGCUUGGAUUUACUUUUAUAGUGCAGUACAAAGGAAAAAUUGGUCACUUGAUAUCAGGUGAUUGGCAGGUGGGUAGGGCUCUGCCCAUCUGUUAUAAUGGCCUGCCAGGAAGAAACCCAGGAUCUGGCUGGCAGGUUGUAUCCAGUUCCCCACUCCUUGUCUACAUUACCUGAUAAUUGUUCUGCGAGGUUUCCGACAGACACAAUUCCCACCUUAUCUGGCAAUAUCAGGGAGCUGAUAUGAGUUUGGUUUUGGUUUUUGCAUGAAAGCAUAUGCUCUACCGCUGAAAUACAGCUCGUCCCAGUCUCUAAGCUAUGAUUAGAAGAUCUGGAGUACUACGUGUGUUAAUUUCUCUUUCCUUCUUAUCUCAUGUCCAAAUUUCCUCCUUUCACCACUUCUCCUUCCAUUUCAGGCUCCAAUACUUUUUCUUUUAGACAUCUGUCCAAUACUGGACUGAUUUCGAAGACUUGGCUGUUUUAAAUUGACUGUUCCCUUAGCUUUUAUUUUAGUGAUGUUAUACCCAUGAUUGAUUAUUGUUUGCUGGUUUUUGAUCUUCUUUGUUGUAAAUUUCUAUUAGAUCUGUACAGGUUUUUUGGUAUGGCAGCGUUGUUGUAGGAGGUUUUCUUCAGCUGCUUUGAAUAUAAGUGCUUUAAAUAAAUUAUGGCACUAACCAUGAUUAAUUUCAAAUCAGAGUUUGCAAACUUUUAGCAGAAGAUUGAAACUAAUUAUGUUGGCUUCAUGCCUGUCAGACAUACUGCAUCCUGGUUAGCUGGAAAAAGGGAGAGGGCUGAGAUGCUGGGUUCAGUAAAACAACACUUUAUAAAGAUGGUUACAUUUUGCUGAAAAUGAAACUUAUAGAUGACUAAAUAAUGGAAUUCAGUGAUUUGAAUAUUUGUUAAGAUAGUUGCUAGAGAGCCAACUUGGCUUGGAAAACACUAAGAGAAUUAAGAUUCCCUGGGUUACUUGUAUUAGAGCUCCCUGAUCACACAUCCCAAGAUACAACAACAUGAUUUGUGUGAUUAACUGGGCUGGAAAAUUAUUUCUUGUUUCUUGCUACCAGCCUUAAUUUUUAGGUGUCGACUGUGCAUGGGUAUGUAUGAAUACCCUUUUCUGUGUCUUUAGUAGCAGAUUCUUAGUCUGCUGUGACUCCCCUCCUCCCUUUUUUAAGCUGGUAAGAUGGCCUUUGUAAAACUGUGUUUCUCAAAUUCCAUUAUCCAAAAACUUUUAAAAGGGGUAUGUGGGUCUCCCUCAACACAGAAAUGCACACACACAAUAUAUUUUCUAUGUUUGACCCUCUGUCCCCUCCCCCCCCCCCCGGUAAUUAAGCUUGAAAAAUGACUUUAAUGCAGCUGAUAGGUAUUUUUAUAUAAAUACUAUCUCUUGCUUUUUCUUUAGUAUUUGGUUAAUUAGCAUAUUCUGUAUGUUUGAUUACUCCCCCACCGCCCCGCCAAUACAAAGUUUCCCUCCCAACUCCCUUUUGCAUUUUCAUAUUUGUUUUUUUUAAUCGUGUUCAGCUUAGUUCUGCUGCUUGCUAUUUUCAGUAGAUUCAUUCUUAACGUUUGAAGGCAUGCUUGCUUGACAGAUGUCUUGGUGGGGGAGGGGAGCAGGAGAAAGCUGAGAGGGCUUAUUCUGAAAUGUAAUUGAUUAAUUUAUAUAAAUGUGUUUCUAUCACUGUGUAAUGUCAUAUACAAUAUAAGUGUAGCUCACAUUUAAUAAAAACAUAAGAGCAUAAGAAGAGCCAUUCUGGAUCAGACAAAAGGCCCAUCCUGUUCUGACAGCUGUCAACUAGAUUCCUGUAGGAAGCCUGUAAGCAGGAUGUGAGUGCAAAAGCACUCUUCCUACUCGUGAUUCCCAGCAACUGGCAAUAAUCCAGGGAUGCCAACAGGAUUUCCUGGACCUGGUAUGCUGUAUGUAGAUUAGGGCCCCUACACUUCCCCUCCCUGUCUCACAAUCCAGUGGCAAGAACUGCUGCAUAUGUGCAUAUAUUUACUUAGCCUAGCCUAGCCUGUUUCACAGGGCUGUUGCAAAUAUAAAAAGUUUGGGAGGGGAGAGAAAUCUACAAGUUGCUGGAUAAAAAAGCAAGAUGCAAAGAUAUGUCAAACAGCACAUAGUUAAACUGUGCAAAACACUCACAUAGGAGGCAGUGAGAGCCACCAAUCUGCCUGGCUUUCAAAGGGAAUUAAACAAAUUCAUGGAGGAUAAGACUAUGCUCUGGCUCCACAGUUGCCUGAAUACAGUUUGCUGUAUUCCCAAAGGACGGGGAGGGUUUCAUUGCACUUGCAGGCAUAGAAAAGGGAUUGGCCACUGUGAGAAGAGGAUGCUGGGCUAGAUGGUCAUUGUCCAGCAGGGCUUUUCUUAAAUUCUUCGGCAAUGUCAUUCAAAUAUAAUUUAAAGGAAGCCAGAAAAGAAUCUUCCUUGCUUUAACUGCAAUGUUUCAUAGGCCUGAUGUUUACAAGAUGGGUGGGGUAUAAAUAAUAAAUUAUUAUGAUUAUUGUUAUGAUGAUAAUGAUGAUGAUUACCCAAACGGGGAAAUCUUUUUGCCAACCCUUAUAUAUGAUAACCAGCCAAAAAUACUUUAAAGUAUGUGAAUAUCUGAACUACCAACUGUCAGCCUGGCCUACGUCGCAGGGCUGUUUUGAAUAUAAAAAAGGGGAGGAACAGAGACAGUGAUCACAGCCUUAAGCUCCUGGGAAGAAAACCAAGAUACAUAUACAGUCAACUUGCAUCUUUUGCUUAUUUAACUUGUGCAAUUUCAGCUUUACAUGCUCCACAGCCAGCCAACUGAAAUUGGACAAGCUGAGAUUGAUUCAAAGCUCUUUUCACACUGGGUUUUCUCGGCGCAGAAAGAGCUUUUAAGUUCUCAGACUUGCUUACCGAGCUCUGGGAAGCUCUUGCACAGGCUCUGGGAGUCUCUCACAAAAUCUUAGCAGUGGUGCUGCCUGCCAAGUGCUGAAGCAUUAGAACUGCCUACGCAUUUUGUGCUCUGACUUCCUUCAGAAUUGUCCAGUUGACUUUGUUUUAAAGCACUUGUAUCCCCCUGUUGGUCUUGCUGUCCCUGUAUCAGAAGGAGAACAUAUCAAUGACUACUAGCCACAAUGGCCAGCUUUAUCCUUCAUUAAUUCAUCUAACCCUCCACUAAAACCAUCCAAGUUGGUAGCCAUCACUACAUAAUGUGGAAGUGAAUUCCAUAAUUUAACUAUGUACUAUGUGAAUAAGUACUUCCUUAGUCUCUCCUAAAUCUUUCAACAUUUAGCUUCAGUGGAGGUCCCUGAGUUCUGACUUUUAUCAUGGAUGGAGGGGGAGAAAAAGAUUGAACAUACAGUGGUACCUUGGGUUACAUACGCUUCAGGUUACAGACUCCGCUAACCCAGAAAUAGUGCUUCAGGUUAAGAACUUUGCUUCAGGAUGAGAACAGAAAUCGUGCUCCGACGGCGCAGCGGGAGGCCCCAUUAGCUAAAGUGGUGCUUCAGGUUAAGAACAGUUUCAGGUUAAGAACAGACCUCCAGAACAAAUUAAGUUCUUAAUCCGAGGUACCACUGUACUGGAUUAUUACUGUAGAUUAUUUUGUGUCCCAGUUUAUUCUCUAAUAGCCCCAUGUUCAAUUUAAUUAUUGCCAUUAGCUUCAGCCAUAGAACCGCACAGUCUAAUACAGCACUGAACUUCUUGAAAUGCACAUGGCCAUACAAUGUUUGCAGGUGGUAGAGAUCUAACCUUUUUUAUAGUGGGGCCAGUGAUUCCUUUAAAACUGUUCUAUAGGGGGUUUUUUUAUAAGGGAUGUAUAAAUGAAGCUUCAGACAGUAAAAAACUGAAUAAAGGUGUAUCUCCUGUUCUGUAUGCAGUUCCUUGUGCAUUUGAGUCACUUUUAAAAAUAAAAUUUCACAACCUUUAACUUUCAUUACCUUUAAGAUGGUAUGAAAAAAUCUGGGUUUUAUUUUCUAUAUAUUGGCUUGCCUUUUUAAUAGGAAAAAGCACUGUUACGUUGCCCAAUUUUAUUCAUUGAGUUGCAGAACGAUUAGUCUGGGGACAAACCACUUGUCUUAAUUUCUUUCACAUUAAGAUGGAUGCUCCGACAUGUGUCAUGCUAUAACUAAAUUGUGGAAAGCUUCCAAAUAGUACAAAACGGGUGUACUAUGUGUAUUUUGGGCUAUCCACCCAGAAGGUGUUUCUAUUUGAUUGCGAAGCGUAAGUAAUAUUUUAACUGUUCCAGUCAUAGCCUCCAGUAAGUGCAUAGAUCAUGUGACAUUGCAGAGGAGACAGUUGUUUGCUCCAAUUCUGUUACAUUUCUGAUAGUGAUGUGAGCACAGCUGGUGGAGGAUGGUGUUUUGUAUCUCACAGCAAAUCCUUUGUCUUCUAGAGCUAUAAUCCUCAGAGGACAUGCUUCACUUUCAUCCUGCAAUUUUGCUAAGGCGGUCGCUCUCGGCUGCUAAUUAUUGAGGCUAGAGGUUAUGAAAAAUAAAGCAUAGUUCAGUGGUUCGUGAAGCUACAGCAUUGACGUGUUCACAGUUUUAAGCUUAAAGUGGAAACGUACUCCAUUUCUGUGCGUAAUGUCGCAAACUCUUACAUUGACAGAGGGCACCUCCAAGCAAGCACGAUGCAGGCUCGCAUGAAGCUGAGAGGCAAAAUGAAGGUCAAGGAGCAGCAGAAAUCAGCGUGGCAACUGCUGGCAGUAGUCAGGUAAAGUCAACAUUUUAUUUAUAAGUAAUGCUUCAACAUAUGGUGCUUGGGGAGGUGGGAUACAGUGUUUCUGCUAUGGCAAUAUAAUUGUGCGCGAAUGGAUUCCUUCAGGUGCACUAAAUCAGAGAAGGCUUUGUGCUGGAGGAGAUGAGUGCUCUUUAAUCUGAUACAAAGGAAUGUACCAUAUAGAUAGAAUUUAAAUGUUCUACACUGUAAGCAAGUACAGUACAGAUUGCUAUUGUGUGUAAAUUUAAGGGAAAGGAGCCUUGCAUGGCUAUCAAAUUCAUGUUGAUAUAGCCAGGUUUUCAAGUUAAAAUGUGAUUAAUACAGGGAAUUUUCUUUGAUACUAUUUUAAAAUGGCUGCUAAUUCUGCAUUAUUUUUAUGGCUUCAAAGUAGAAGCUUAUGAUUAUAAAUUUGGGGGGUUUUGUGGAAGGCAGUGUUAUAAACCACUAGAAUAAUAAAUUAUCAUCAGUCAAAUUGUUCAUUUAUAUUGGAAGCAGAUAUAUUUUUCAUUAUUUCCUGCUGUUCCUUUGCUAUGUAUAUAGUAAUAUGAUUGUUGUCCAGUUGUGUUUUCAUCAUGUGGAACAUUUUAAACAUACAGUUUAAACCUGAUUUGCUCUGAUUUAAAACCAAUUAAAAAAAUGUUCUUGUAAAUAAGCUACAGCAUACCUUGUAUGGGACCUUAAUGUGGAUGAGCUCAGGAGGUGAUGAGAAAAGUGUCUUAUAGCCAGAGAGCUUGGUAUGAAUAACCCUGGUGUUUUAGAACAAUUCUGACUUUUCCUCAUAAAAAAUUGUGCUUAUAGUAUUAAUCUUAUUUCCCCACCCCCACUAGCUUUAUGGAUAUGAGUCAUUCAAUCCAUCUUGCUAUGAGACAUCUGGAGGAUUACCUCCUUUUUAUGCAAGGCCAGGGGGAAAAGGCUUAAUGGACUGGGCACCAGUAUUUCAUUUCUGGAGCUCAGGUCAACCUACCUUAUGGCAGAGGAUAUUAUUACUAGAAGGCAAAAAAUAAAUAAAAAUAAAUAUCCUGGUCAAGCCCAGACAUUUUUUUGAUAGUCAAAUGAAUAUUAGACUUGAUGAUUUGGCUACCAUAGUAUUUUUCAGAAGGCGACACUUCUUUCUGCAUGACUGCACUGUUCUGCAUGCGCUCUGCUGCAUUUAGGGAGAGCAAAUGAAAUUCGCUGAAAUGUGGAUGCUCCUAAGUUAGCUGAAGGAUAGAAGUGAACUUCAUUUUUACAAGAAAAAUCCAUUUGGCGAUGUGUUCAAUGGAGAGAAUAUUAAAAUAAGAAUAAAAAACUGCACCGCGUGAGAUGAGAAUAGAGUUGAAGACAGUAGGUUGGGAAUGUACCAGAAAUAGUUGUGUUGAUGAGAAAAAAAUAAGAGUAUAUUCAAGCAGGAUCAGAAAGGGUUGUGGCAGAGGUAGAGUGAGUGUCCAAUAAGAGAUGGGGAUUGGUACAUUCCAAGGACUCCUGUUUGCUACUGUUUUCAUAGGUUUGGGGUAUAUUUAACACUGGUUCUGUCUUCAUAGGAUUAGUUGACAAAUACAGUUCAGCAUAAUUUGGGUCUUUUGUCAAAUUCAGGGCUUUCUAACAAGUUCUUGAAAAACAAAUUGAUUGGUCAUCUUCAUAAUUGCCAAUGUUUAAGCUCUAUAGCUUAUCCAAAGCAGGUUUGAUUAUUAUAAGGAAUUUAGUAUUAGGUUCCAUGGACAGAUCAUUGCAGCCGCAGUGCUUUCGCUUGUGUACUUUUCCAGCUAUUUCUGUGGCAGAGGACAGCUUAGUGUAAAGACUCUCUUCUCUUGCUCUCUCAUAAUCACUGCCUUAUUCAUCAUCAGUUUUUCCCUUAUUUACACAACCAGUUUUACUGUAUCCUUUUCAUCCUUUUUUUUCUGCCCUUGCUUGAAUUGUUACAAUUUUUUUUAAAAUUUUGGUUAAUAUAUUGCCUGUAGCAGGGUUGAUCAACCUGUGACCCUCUAGAUACUGAAAAAGGACAGCUCCCAUAAUCUUUGGACCAUUGGCUAACAUGACUGGGACUGAUGGGAGUUGUAGUUCAACAGCUGCUGUUAGCCACUCCUGGCCUAGAAGACCUACCUAUAUUUGAAGUAAUGGUGAGGUAUUUGUAUGGGCAGGCUUUUCAUGUGCCCCUUGGAGCAACUGUGUGUGUAGAGCACCAUCCUUGGGCCACAUAAAUAUAAACACUUCUAUUAAAUAACCUUUUAAAUAUAUAUGCAUUCUGUGAGGGCCUUGGCUAGCAAGUGUCAUUUACAAACCAAAAUAUUAGACAAGAACCUUACUAUUUCAGCGAAGUCUUUGGAUUUAAACUCUACCCGUCACAAUUUCAAAAAAAAUUGAGUAAAUAUGCUACUGCUUUGCCAUUCCCCUGGAAUAAGCAGUACUUAUGCAGAAAACAUAAAAAAAAUGAUUCUGAGCAAGGAGGCUGCCGGGAAGGAGGAUGAGAGGAGCAAAUUGCCUUUGGACCAAGCACAGAAUUAAAAAGUCCACUGAUUAAAGUCUGUCCCACUUUCAGCUCUAUACUGUUGGACCAAACAGCCAAGUGGCAAACCGCACUAUCUGUUGUCCUAUUGCUACUUCAUCUCUGAACUUUCUUUCAUUCCUGGAAAAUACUCACUAAUGCAGGCAGCUGCCAAGCUUUUUGUCUUGCAACCAUUGAGGCAAAAAGAACACAAUAAACGCAGGUUUCCUAAUAUUGGGCUUGGUUACCUUAGCUGGCGAAAUCCAUUAUGCGCCCCCAAUCUUUUGGGAAGUGGUAGGGGAGGUGUUAAGCCCAGAUAUGAGUAUGCUAUAAUUAUUUCCACUACCCUGCUGCCAUCAUUUGCAGGCAACUCCCCGUUUGCACAGGAAUUGUGUUCUGAAACACCAUGUGCAUUGGCAGGGUGCGUGUAAGUCCAUUCCACCACUCCUUCUGGGGCCAAAAACUGUGUGUGUGCUGAACGUGUGCAAGCAGGGAGUUACUUGUAUUCAAGUUGGACAUGGAGUGCAUGUGCUUCCUUUCCACCAUUUCUGGAUUUCUUUUAAUUUUGAAACAGUAGUAGGAAUGUAGAGGAAGGUAAACAUGGUCUGACUUGCUUAUGUGUUGAGAGUAAGAUCCUGAUCUGGGUGGAGAACCUCUGUUCUGGGGGCCUAAUCAGACCUGUCAGGUCAACCCUAACCCUGCCAGGCAGUUGCAGCCAGGCCACACCCACCAGCCCUAUAACUAAUGACAGGUUCAAGGCAGAUAAACGACCUUCCUCUCCUGAAAGGGGUCUUCGGCUGCUGCUGCUCAGCUAAUUGGCAGGGCCUGGAAAGUCCUGUGCAAAGGGCUCCACAAUGGGAUCGUGCCAAGUGAUUUGCAAUGGGCUUCUUAAGAGCCUGCAUCUAGCUGAUUGUCUGGUCUUAUGGUGCACUUUAAAAGGCAUUUUACAUUUCCUUGUGUGGUUUCACUUUGUUGUGACAUCAGGUGAUUGACAAGUGGGUAGUCCUAGGGUGGGCGGGCAAAUAAUGAUCAGGUCUGCAAGCCGAAACCUUGCAUAAAAAGGUUUUAGAGUGCCCUAGUAAGAGCUCCCAUUCCACUUGUCUCCCCAAAAGAUGAAUAUUAGAGGAUGCCAGUGUGAUUAAUAACUGCUGCAUCUCAUAGGUAGAAGGCAAGAAAUACCUUCAUUCUGAUGAUGAUAAUAAUAAUAAUAAUAAUAAUAAUAAUAAUAAUAAUAAUAAUUUUAUUAUUUAUAUCCCACCCAUCUGGCUGGGGUAUAAAAAAAACAUAAUAAAAUUCUGCUUGGAAGCCAAAAGCUUCCACCCUUGCGUCCUGUCCUCCUAAUAGCCAAAUGUAAUGUUUGGUAUUCACAAUGAUCUUUUGGGUGCUUGUACGUGGAAAGGUUAAUGGGAUUUCUUACCCAAGUGGCUUUUCCUGAGGUGAAGUAAUGAUUAAAUGGUAAGAGGAUAUUAUGACCUUUGCCACAUAAUCUAUCCUAAGAAAACUGGGAUGUAAGUUAUUAAUCAUUUAAUUGAUGUGCUCAGUAUUGAGUCCCCCAGAUUAAAUUUAAGUUGAUUCCUGUUCAAAAUUAGUAGAAAUAGAAAGUAUAUACUAUAUACACAAAUGUAAGCUUCUCACAUUUAUGGAGAAAUGGUCUCCCUACUACAGAAACUUUGAAAAGGGCACUUUCAUUGAGUUUUGCAAUAAUUUAAACUUAGUUGAUCAUCUAAAAGCCAAAUAGUAAAUAAACUACACAUCCUUUAACUGGACAACAACCCAGCAAAUGCUAUGAUGUCACAGUCACACUUAACUGAUCACCCCUAAAUGAAAUUUGGGUAGUCACUUCAUUGCCUAAAGAGAGAGGAGAGAGAGAGAGAGAACGCAAUUGGUAUGACUAAGCGCAUCCCUGACAUUGAGAGGGGUUGUUAGUGCAAGUGGAGGAGAAAAGAGCAGUAAUGCUGAAAUUGUGCUUGAAAAUGCCACCUGGGAGCUGAAUACCGCUGUGAGAGAGAAUUGUGUUGGUUGGCCCAGAGGGCUAUGGUUAAGGGAAUGAAAUAUUUCUCACAAAAAAAUGUUACUUUGUGAGUGCAGCACUUCCUAUUCUCGUAUCCCCCAAUGUAAAUGACAUUGUUAACAAUUUAAAAGAUUCUAUUUUUGUCAUUGCUGGCAAAAUGGCUAACUGCAUGUUGUUUUUGUGACUCAGGUCACGAUGCAGCUUUCCCUCCUCUGGCACAAUUAAAUUUUUACAGAGUUGACAUGUCAGCUUAGUUUAACCCUAACUUCUAAAUCGUGAUGCAUUCCAAAAUGCUGAAAUUUUAAAAUGAUUUUGUGUUAUGCUAAUGCUUUCAUUGCCAAAUUGUUGAUUAAACUCUUAGGGUUCAGCUGCUCGUAUGGACCAUGAGACGUCAAGUGUUAUGAGUUCUAGCAGCAGUUACUCUGUUCCUCGAAGACUGACAAAUCAUCUAGGUACUAAGGUAACCAAAGUUUGUCACAGGCUGUUAAUGCCACAUUUUACACUUAAAAUAUGUUAGUUUUGAGAAAGGGUAGUAAUAUUGAUAGUCCCAUUGACGGAAAAAGGGGUUAGAUAAAAUCAUUAUAAAGUGUUGUGGUGUUACGGAAUUUUCAUUUGAAACCAAGCUGAAUUUGAGUUUGUUGGUGCCUCUGGUAACCUCUCUCUUACAUCAUAGAUGUUGGCUCAUAUUAUGGAUGUAUUGUUUUAUUGGUACUGUUGCUGCAGGUUUACCUUUGACUUGAACAAUAAACUUAUAUUGACUGAUUGAUUGAUGUUCCCUUUCAAACCUGUCUGGCAACCUCCAAUUAGCUGAUCUUUUUCUGUCCAACUGGGCAGUCAUUUUGCAGGGAAAGUCUCAUGCUGCUUUUGAAAUAUUAUUGUGGCCCUUGAGAUGGUUUCAGCUGCCCAGUAUAUACUGACGCAUUGAGUGUGUCAGAUGACCUUGUCAUGUACAAAAUCUAACAAGUCUGUCAAUCUUUAGUAAUUGCUUCAGCAUUAUAGAAUGGAAGAAUCAAAGCAGCUGCCACAGUGCUACUACUAGUAUUUCAUGAUGUGGCAUUAGAUUCCUGCUACAUUAAAAAUAUGAGGAGGGUGUCAUUAAGCUUUUCUGAAAAUGCAUAAUUGUUUAUGAGUGCCCUGUCCUGUUUACAGACAAGAGUAACGUAUAGUGAAUCCUCCACUAAUUUUGGUGAUACAGUUUGUACUACUAUGUCAACAUUAUUUUAGCUGCCUACGAAUAGUGCAAUACAGAAUCUGUAAUGUUGAGAGUUGCUAACCUAGGCCCAAAGGCUUAAUUCAUCAUCAAUUCAUCAAAAAUUCUCCUGGUGGCAUAUGCCAUCGCUUAUACUUUAAAAAUUGGUAACAUGUUUUUAAAAAUUGCUUUCUUUGCAGGUUGAAAUGGUGUAUUCAUUGCUGUCCAUGUUGGGUACUCAUGAUAAAGAUGACAUGUCACGAACUUUGCUAGCCAUGUCUAGCUCCCAGGACAGCUGCAUAGCUAUGCGCCAGUCUGGAUGUCUUCCGCUCCUCAUUCAACUUCUGCAUGGCAACGAUAAAGACUCGGUGUUGUUGGGAAACUCCCGGGGUAGUAAGGAGGCCCGUGCCAGAGCCAGCGCAGCACUGCAUAAUAUCAUUCACUCGCAGCCUGACGAUAAGCGAGGCAGGCGAGAAAUCAGAGUCCUUCAUCUUCUAGAACAAAUCCGAGCUUACUGUGAAACGUGUUGGGAAUGGCAGGAAGCACACGACCAAGGCAUGGACCAGGACAAAAAUCCAAGUAUGUCGUGGUGUUUAAAGCUUUUACUUUAAAACCAGUGUGAAGUGUUUUUUCAUGUUACGGCUUUGAAUCUGAGUUCUUUGUAGAACAAGCAGUUUCAAGCAAGCUGUGUGAGUGAUGAGACCUCUGGUUACAAUGGGCAUAUCUGCCCACAAUAGCCCAUGUCGCUUCUGCUUGGUUUUCCUAUAAUUCCACUCUGUUCUACUUUAAUCUUCAUUCACUACCUUAAAGUAUCUUAAGCCUCAGCCAUUUAUCUGCAAUAUUUGUACCCAAAUUCUUCGACAACCUCAGCGUCUAAUUAACUAUACAUCCAGAUGGGCUGGAUGAAGACCAAGGUGGGAAAGCAGAGAUAUGAGACAAGCAGGAGUAGCAGCUUUCUCUUUAUAAACAAGGGAAAAUGCUGACUAGGAAAAUGACUUCUUACACCCAGAGGGAGAUUGCAAAGGCAGAAACUUAGCAGCAACAGAAGGAAAAGAAGGAAGACUCUUAAGAACUGUAGUUGGUGGAGGAAGGCGGGAGGGGUAGGCAAAUUCCCCUAUGAUAACAUUUCCCCAUAAUGCAUUAGGGCUCCUAGGUCCAAGAGCAGAGACCCAGAUUGGCUCCAAGCCCUUCCCUGUGACACAUACUGAAGACUCCUCUCUUUACCUUGGCUUUUGACAGUUAUUUUUUGUGAGCCGCCGCCUCUGCUGAAUUUAUAGUGCUCUGCUCCAAUUUUCCAUCUGUUCUAUAUGCUUUAAAAUUGUUCUGAUUUUCAUCUGUUUUAUGUUUUUAUACGUUGUAAUGUAGCCCACCUUUCAGUCUCAUGGUGAAGGGCAGGUAAUCUUAUAAACAAAUAAUUAAAAAAAAAAAGGCCUGAGUUCUUGUGUGGCGUUCCAUGUAUAUAAGGAAGGGAAACCUUUUUGGCUCUGCAGGCCAGAUCCUGGUCAGGUUUACCCUCAUGAGCCAAAUAUAGUAGAUGAGGACACCCAUCUAUCAAUCACCUCGUAUUGGGUGACUUGUUGCUUUGAAGUCCAGAUAUGCAGAAUGUAGAAACUGUUUAUUUCAUAACUGUGUAGGAUGUCUCCCCCCCCCCUAAUUAGGUUGCCUUUCAGGUGUCUAAUAAACAGCUUAGAAACUAAACCUCUCUAAGCUUUGCUUUGUUAAAUAACUAAUUGAUGAAGUAAAUAGUAAUUAUUUUCCUUGUUCUGACAAGUGCCGGCUCCAGUGGACCAUCAGAUCUGUCCUGCAGUAUGUGUUCUUAUGAAGCUUUCAUUUGAUGAAGAGCACCGUCAUGCGAUGAAUGAACUUGGUAAGAGUGGAGCAAAAAGUAUCGAGAGUAUAUGCUCAAGAUCACAUUACAUGGAUUAGUUAGAGCUUUAACAACCUGAUAAAGAAGAUAAAGUGUUAGAUUUUCUUCACCCUUUCAGUACAUGAAUGCUUAUUGUUUUAAAAUUGUUAUCUUGGCUCUGGAGAAUGCUGUAGCUCCUUCUAUUUAGAUAGUUUAUUGAGCUGGGUAUCUUUAUCCCCAACCCAUUUGUUCCAUAGCUACAUAGUUGCAUAUAUGCAGGAGGAAACAACAGUGGUCCUGACAACAGUGGUCGUUAGCAGCUUACGUGUUGCUUUUCUUUGAGUUGUGUUCACUUGCGACAUUUGCAUAUAAGACAUAGGGGGGAAAUUCAUCUUUGAAUGCUUAAAGAGUGUUUGUUAUCCGAAAAAUGCGAUGUGUACAGAUAGCAGGUUUUUUCUGAUUUGUAGCAAAUUGGUUUGCUUUCUUUGGAUUCUUAAUACUUCCAUGAAAUGCUCCCAGUACUUUAAAAACAAUUCUUAGUUGCUAUAGUAUGGAUCCCUUGUAACUAUCCCCUUGCUUUUUCUUUGGCCUUGGAAAAUAAAUGGCAAUAAUUAUUUAGAAUAAAUUAUUCGGAAUAUUUAGAAUAAAAUUACAGUGGUACCUCAGUUUACAAACUUAAUCCAUUCCGGAAGUCCGCUCUUAAAGCGAAACCGUUCUUAAAGUGAGGCACGCUUUCCCCAAUGAGGCCUCCCCCCGCUGGUGCCCUUCCAUCAUUCAGCUUCUGUUAUUAAACCAAGGUAGAGUUCGCAAACCGGGACACUAUUCUUAAACUGAGGUACCACUGUACUUAGAAUAAAUUAUUUACAAUAAAUUGUUUAGAAAAAUAAUUCUUUCUAACAAAAAGUUCAACUAUGUUUAUAGGAGGAUUGCAGGCCAUUGCAGAAUUGCUUCAAGUAGACUGUGAAAUGUAUGGGCUUACUAAUGACCACUACAGUGUCACAUUAAGACGAUAUGCUGGAAUGGCUCUGACAAACUUAACUUUUGGAGAUGUAGCAAAUAAGGUAAGUUAAUUUUUCUUUUGCUAUUUAAUAGUUUUAAUAUUAAGACUUUCAGCAUUUCAGCUGUUCUGUAUAUAAUGGGCUGCUGUCAUUAACUUCAGACAGCGGUGAUACAGCUGAGCAUGGAACUGAAAAAUGUAGCUCUGCUUGUUUCUUGAUAUUCCUCAGCAGACAUUGACACAGCCACAAUAACACAAUUAGGCUCUGUAUUAUUAUCCCAUGCCCUAUGACUAUUGUUAAUUAAUACUUUAAUAUUCUCCUUUGCUGCUUUUUUAAAGGGUAUUUUGUAUAGGUCAUGAAUUAGUUGACUAUAUUUUUACAUCUGCACUUCAUUGUAAUUCUUGAACCUGCCACUAUUUGGAAUUUCUAAUUCAUCUUAUGCUCUGAUAAGCCAAUUAAGUCUUUACCUGGAGAAGGUAGACUUGGCCAUGGUCAUUCAUGCCCUAGUCCACUCCAGGUUGGAUUACAGUAAUUUGCUUUAUGUGAGACUGCCAUUGAAGAUUGUUCAGAAACUUCAACUUAUCCAGAAAGGUAUACCAGUGUUUUGGUAGAGUCAGAGAUGAUCAAAGCAUAUUGCUCUGAUUUUGUACCAAUUACAGUGGCUCACUAUUUGUUUCCAGGCUAAAUUCAAAGUGCUGCCCUUGAUGUUUUAAAGCCCUAAACUGGCUGGGCCCUCCACUUCCCAUAUGAAAGAGAAUUCCAUUCCACUACAAAGGGUCUACUCUGUUUGUGUGCCUUUGCCAUCUCAACUGUUGUGAGGAAAGAGUUUUCUCAGUUGUGAUGCCCAAAUAAUGGAACAGCUUGCCUAAAUAAGUGUACAUUGAAGACUGUUUUAGUCCAGCAUGUGCUCAACCAACUCUGCUUCUUUUAUUAAUGUUUUAAAUCACUGCUAUUUAUUAUUUUGUUCUUUUGCUGUGGAUUUAUAUAUUUACUGUUUCAGCUUUAUGAGUUUUAGCUUUAUGAGUAGCUGUGAGUGCACUUAGUGCAGAAAAGUUGGAUAAUAAUUUUCAUGUUGUUUUAUGUCUUUAUUUCUGCUUGUAAAGAAAGUAACUUGUGACCUGUCAACAUACUGCUUAGUAAUUUGUUUCGUUAUCUCCCUCUCUCUUUAAUCAGGCUACGUUGUGUUCUAUGAAAGGUUGCAUGAGAGCCCUUGUUGCCCAGUUAAAAUCUGAAAGUGAAGAUUUGCAGCAGGUAAAUCUUACUUGUGGAACUUUUAUCCUACUGUGUAUUGCAUAGUUUUUUAUUUUUUCAUUAAAGAAACUUGAUUGGGGCAUCUUGAUAGAACUGUACAACUUCUAAUGUUAAGUGAGAUUAGGCAAAGCCCAAGUAUUUUAUGCGUUCCUUAAUGUAAUACAAGUUGAUCCACAUAGUCUGAAAGUUCUUAGUUUGCAUGUAUUUUAUUUGUAUGCAGCUUUUCCACCAAAAACAAUGCUCAGAGUGGCUUAACAACAAUGAAACAGAGAUGUAUUUCAAACAAACACUACAAAAGCAAUUACAUAAUAACAUAGCAAAACAAGAUCAGGUAUAAUAACAAAAUUACUUGAAAGAAAAAAAUAACAAGAUCACAGCAUCUAAUAGCAAAAGUAACAAGGGAGCUCCACAGCUUCACCAAUCUUCCCAUGAUGUGCUCACAGGGUGGGGUAGCUGGAAACACGCCUCCAAUUUGUAAUUUUACCACAGAUACAUAGAACUUGGAAAGAGUCAUUCCAAAAUAUUCAUCAGAAUAUUUGAAAUCAUAUGUAGAAUAGAAUUUGAAAUGAAACUUUGGGCAACUGAAUUGAAUUAAAUUUUAAAAUGAAACCCAAUACAUUAAAUAGCUUAUUAUCAUGCAAAUCAUGCAUGCGAAACUGUUUCCUGGCAGUCAGCUAAUAUUAAAGGGUAGAAAACAAUAAAGUUAAUAAAGCAGAUUGAGCUUUUUUAUUUUUCCAUUUUGUGCAGGUCAUUGCAAGCGUGUUGAGAAAUUUGUCUUGGCGAGCAGAUGUGAACAGUAAGAAGACACUUCGGGAAGUUGGAAGUGUGAAAGCAUUGAUGGAGUGUGCUUUGGAAGUUAAAAAGGUUACCACAAAACCACAUUUUUCAGUAUUUUAAGUAUAUGAAGUUAUUUUUUUGGUUUCCGUAUUUAUAGAAGAAAAGUGUGAUUACUCUUUCCAACAGCAAACUAAAAUACCCACUAAAAUUGAAUGGUUUUGUUAGUAACAUUGGAUACAAUCCUCUGUUUAGGCAGAAGUAAUUCCUACUGAGUUCAGUGAGGCUAACUCACUAAUAAUUAACAUUGGAGUGUCAUUCUUUUAUAUGCAGCAGACAAUGAAGUUGUUACCACUAGCAAAAUAAACACUAACUAACUGGUCUCACUGAUGGAAGUGCAACAGGGCUCCCCCCCGCCCCGCAAUUGUGCCCCCUCACAUUUUGCUCAUUUUUAUAAUAGUGUUGGUUUCCUCUCUUGAUUAUUAUUAUUUUACCAGUGUCAAAACAUUGAUUUGUUUGGUUUAAGGUUGCAUUUCAGCCCUCUUAAUUCAGUGUGCUUGCUCUCUCUACAGGAAUCUACCCUAAAAAGUGUAUUGAGUGCUUUAUGGAAUCUGUCAGCCCACUGCACUGAGAAUAAAGCUGAUAUAUGUGCUGUGGAUGGUGCUCUUGCCUUUUUAGUUGGCACACUGACUUACCGGAGUCAAACAAAUACUUUAGCUAUCAUUGAAAGUGGAGGGGGAAUACUGCGUAAUGUCUCCAGCUUGAUUGCUACAAAUGAGGACCACAGGUAAGUGUGCCAUCUAGUUACCUAAGCAGUAAGCCAUGCAUUUUCUGCAAAUUGCUGAUGCAGCAGAUGACAUUUACUGGAAGGAGGCAGAGAUUAUGAGCAAAGUUAGACUUAGUGGUGUUGUAUGCUGAUACAUAAAUUAUUGCUGCAGUGUUGUUGUUAGAUGGCUCAGAUAGCUGCAGCUUAAGAAUUUUCUCUGGAACAUAAGUAAGCAUUUUAUUUGGUAAGAGAUUCCUGCGCUGCUUGUGAUAAAAAAUGGUCCCAGUUUUACAAAUAUAAUAUAAUAUAAAGGCAGUACAUGAUAAGCCCUGUUUUCAAUAAUGUGAUGUGCACAGCACAAAUCAACUUUAUUUUAGUUUGUUAGUGUGGGAUAAGCCUAUUUAAAAGUAGGGAUGUUCUUAGCUGAAACCUUGGCUGGAAUCCAAAGGGAUGCAUUCUGCAGUCACAUAUGAAUGCACACAUCUUUCACUGCAGGUGGAACACUCUCAGAAAAGCUAUCCCCGUAGGUAAUAGAGACCCUUCAGAGUGACAUCCCAUACAAGUGUAAGGGUCUGUUCCCAGAAGGCAAUAUCUGUGUGUGCAUAUGGAAAAGCUUUAUAUUGUAUUGAGUCUCCCCCAGUUUGGAGGUUUGCUGAAUUCUUUGGUGGCCUUGUCCCCUGUUCCAACAGGGCACAUGGUUUUGGAAAGUGGUUUGGGGGCAGCAGUGUUUAAGGGCUCUGGGAUAUUUUGGAGGGGGAAGGGAGUGCAUACUAUGGAAAAUGGGAAGCUUCUAGAAGCUUCCUUUAAUAUAUAUUUUUUUAAAUUCUCAGCAGUGCCAUUAGAUUGAGCACUGGUAGGAGAGGAAAUUCCUGCUGCCAUCCUGGCAACUUUUAAGCUGUUUUUAAAAACUAAAAUAAAAAAAUGGGGUGGGGCAGGGGGGAAAAACCCCAGGAAGCCAUCUCUGUCACUGACAGAACCUUCCUUCCCCUCUGAAACAUUACCCAAAGCAGAAUAAAAGUUUCUAUUCCAAGCUUGCCAUUUGAGCCCAGGUGACAAAUUGGGAGCAACAGUGUCAGUAUUAUCCUACAAACAGUUUCUGUACACAAAUAGUCGUUAUUAGAUCCUGGUCUAAAAUUGAAUUUAUGCUAAUGCCUAUUUAUAGGAUUUUGGACAACAUUAUUAGCAGGAAAUAGACAGAGACACUUUUUUGUCUUUCAUCUUGUUAAAGUGAUUCCCUCCCUCCCCCCCCUUUUUUUUAAUUCCAGGCAAAUUCUAAGAGAGAACAGCUGUUUGCAAACCUUGCUGCAUCACUUGAAGUCUCAUAGUUUGACAAUAGUCAGUAACGCAUGUGGAACCUUGUGGAACCUCUCUGCACGGAAUUCAAAAGACCAGGAAGCACUGUGGGACAUGGGAGCCGUUAGCAUGCUCAAAAAUCUCAUACAUUCAAAGCACAAGAUGAUAGCCAUGGGCAGUGCUGCAGCUCUAAGGAACCUAAUGGCAAACAGGCCUGCGAAAUAUAAAGAUGCUAACAUCAUGUCUCCGGGUUCAAGCUUACCAUCUCUUCAUGUUAGAAAGCAAAAAGCACUGGAAGCAGAGUUAGAUGCUCAACAUUUAUCUGAGACCUUUGACAAUAUUGAUAACUUAAGUCCCAAAACAUCUCAUCGUAAUAAGCAAAGACACAAACAGAAUCUGUACAGUGAAUAUGUUCUAGAUGCUAAUCGACAUGAAGAUGGAGUUUGCAGGUCCGAGAAUUUUAAUAGUGGCAAUGUAACCGUACUUCCACCAUAUUUAAACACUACUGUACUGCCUGGCUCUUCUUCCUCAAGCAGAGGAAAUACAGAGAGUUCUCGGUCUGACAAGGACAGGAGCUUGGAUAGAGAGCGCGCAAUGGGAUUAAGCAGCUAUCAUUCAGCAACAGAAAAUUCUGGGAGCUCCUCUAAACGAAUGGGAAUGCAGAUCUCUACUGCUGCAGCCCAGAUUUCCAAAGUGAUGGAAGAAGUAAAUAUGCAUAUUCCACAAGAAGAGAGAAGCAAUGGAUCUGUAACUGAAAUGCACUGUUUGCCAGAAGAUAGGAAUGCUUUAAGAAGAACAGCCACUGCCCAUUCUCACACAAAUACCUACAACUUUCCUAAAUCUGAGAACAGGACAUGUCCUGUGCCUUAUGCAAAAGUGGAGUAUAAGAGAGCUUCUAAUGAUAGCUUAAAUAGUGUCAGUAGCAGUGAUGGGUAUGGGAAAAGAGGACAGAUGAAGCCUAUUGAGUCUUACUCUGAAGAUGAAGAGAGUAAAUUUUGCAGUUAUGGACAGUACCCUGCUGAUUUAGCCCAUAAAAUACACAGUGCUAACCAUAUGGAUGACAAUGAUGGAGAGCUAGAUACUCCAAUAAACUAUAGCCUAAAAUAUUCUGAUGAGCAAUUAAAUUCUGGAAGGCAAAGCCCAUCACAAAAUGAAAGAUGGGCAAGACCUAAGCACAUAAUUGAAGAGGAAAUAAAGCAGAAUGAACAAAGACAGUCCAGAAGCCAAAGUGGAGCAUACCCUGUAUACAGUGAGAGUAGUGAUAAUAAACACAUGAAUUAUCAGUCAGCUUUUGGACAGACAGAGUGUGUAUCCCCUUUCAGAUCAAGGGAAUCUAAUAGUUCAGAACAGAACAGAGUUACCUGCAGUCACGGAAUAAAUCCAAAAGCGAACCAGUCUAUAUGUCCAGUUGAUGAUUAUGAGGAUGAUAAGCCAACUAACUAUAGUGAACGCUACUCUGAGGAGGAACAGCAUGAAGAAGAAGAUCAUCCAACUAAUUAUAGCAUAAAAUACAAUGAAGAAGAGCACCAUGUAGAUCAGCCGAUUGAUUACAGUCUCAAGUAUUCGACAGACGUUCCUCCUUCUGCACAGAAGCCAUCUUUUUCUUUUUCAAAGAGCCCUUCAGUACAGAGUACUAAAACGGAUCAUAUUUCAUCAAGUAGUGGGAAUACAUCAACCUCGGCUGGCUCAAAGAGACACAACCAGCUUCAUCCAAAUUCUGCUCAAAGUAGAGCCGGUCACACCCAGAAGUCUGCGUCCUGCAAAGCACCCUCCAUCAACCAGGAAACAAUACAGACCUAUUGUGUAGAAGAUACACCGAUAUGUUUUUCAAGAUGUAGCUCUCUGUCAUCAUUGUCAUCAGCUGAAGAUGAAACAGGACGUGAACAAUCCACACGGGCAGGAGAUACAGAUAACUCUCUGAAGAUAGCGGGGAUGAAAGAAAAUAGUAGGAGUUUGUCUGCAGCAGGUACUGUAAAUGAAACCUCUUCAGCCUCACAACACAUUAGAACAAAAUCAAAUAGACUUCAGGCUUCUAGUCUAUCUCCUUCUGAUUCAGCAAGACACAAAGCUGUAGAAUUUUCCUCGGGUGCCAAAUCUCCUUCAAAAAGUGGUGCGCAAACUCCUAAGAGCCCACCAGAACAUUAUGUGCAGGAGACUCCACUUAUGUUUAGUAGGUGUACCUCUGUCAGUUCCCUGGAUAGUUUUGAGAGCCGUUCGAUUGCUAGCUCUGUUCAGAGCGAGCCUUGUAGUGGGAUGGUAAGUGGUAUUAUAAGCCCAAGUGACCUUCCAGACAGUCCUGGGCAAACAAUGCCGCCAAGCAGAAGUAAAACCCCACCCCCUCCACAAGCAACCCAAGUAAAGAGAGAAACGGUCAAAACAAAAAUACCCACCACUGAAAAGAGAGAGUCUGGGCCAAGGCAAACAGCUGUAAACACAGCUGUUCAAAGAGUACAGGUAUUGCAAGAUGCAGACACUUUGUUACAUUUUGCUACAGAAAGUACUCCAGAUGGAUUUUCUUGCUCAUCAAGCCUAAGUGCAUUGAGUCUUGAUGAACCGUUUAUACAGAAAGAUGUAGAGUUGAGAAUAAUGCCUCCUGUACAUGAAAACGACCAUGGGAAUGAAUCGGAACUUGAACAGCCAAAUGACACAAAGGAUAAUCAAGAGAAGAAGACAGAGAAGCCCACAGAGACUGAAAAGGAUAUCCUGGAUGAUUCAGAUGAAGAUGAUAUCGAAAUAUUGGAGGAAUGUAUUAUUUCUGCUAUGCCAACAAAAUCUUCACGUAAAACCAAAAAGCCUUCACAGGUAACUGCUUCAAAAAUACCUCCACCUGUAGCCAGAAAGCCAAGCCAGUUGCCUGUGUAUAAACUUCUCCCUUCUCAAAGCAGAUUGCAUUCUCAAAAACAUGUUAGUUUUACACCUGGAGAUGAUAUGCCACGCGUGUAUUGUGUUGAGGGAACGCCAAUAAAUUUCUCAACGGCUACAUCUCUGAGUGAUCUCACAAUAGAAUCACCACCCAAUGAAUUGGCUAAUGCAGAGACAACUGGUACAUUGAUGGAACCGGCAGAAUUCGAAAAGAGAGAUACCAUUCCCACAGAAGGCAGAAAUACUGAUGAUGCUCAGAGAGGGAAAAAGUCAACUGGGACUACUAUUGCAUUGGAUGAUGACAAAGCAGAAGAAGGUGAUGAUAUUCUUGCAGAAUGCAUUAAUUCUGCUAUGCCAAAAGGGAAAAGUCACAAACCUUUCAGAGUGAAAAAGAUAAUGGAUCAAAUCCAGCAAGCAUCUACAUCCUCAUCAGUAGGUGCCAAAAAUCAGCUAGAAGUUGAGAAAAAGAAACCAACUUCACCAGUAAAACCCAUACCCCAAAGUAAUGAGUAUAGAGCACGCUUACGAAAAACCACAGAGCCAAAAAGUAAUUUUAGUAGUGAAAGAACCUAUACAGACAACAAAGAGACAAAGAAACAAAACCUUAAAAAUAGCUCAAGGGACUUCAAUGAAAAACUUCCAAAUAAUGAAGAGCGUGGAAGAGGAAGCUUUGCAUUUGAUUCCCCCCAUCAUUACACUCCAAUUGAAGGAACUCCUUUUUGUUUUUCGCGUAAUGACUCUUUGAGUUCUCUAGACUUUGACGAUGAAGUAGAUCUUUCCAGGGAAAAAGCAGAACUGAGAAAGGGGAAAGAAAGGGAAAUUAAACCUAGUACCAAUGCAGAUCAUCAGUCUGCAAGCCAGCAGUCUAGCAGUAGAAUGCAAGCUUGCCAAAAACACACUCCAGCAGGAAGAAAGCAACCCAAAACUCUGGUGCAGAAGCAAACUCCAUUCUCUCAGUCAUCCAAAGAUAUUUCAGAAAGGGCUGCAGCUUCCGAUGAGAAAACGCAAAAUUUUGCAAUAGAAAAUACUCCUGUUUGCUUCUCUCGCAAUUCAUCUCUGAGUUCUCUCAGUGAUAUCGAUCAAGAAAACAACAAUAACAAAGAAAGUGAACCCAGAGAACAAAUGGAACGAUCUGAUGCACAGAUAGAACCAAGUAGACCACAAGUUUCUGGCUACGCUCCUAAAUCAUUUCAUGUUGAAGAUACUCCUGUGUGUUUUUCAAGAAACAGUUCCCUCAGUUCCCUUAGUAUUGACUCAGAAGAUGAUCUUCUACAGGAGUGUAUUAGUUCUGCCAUGCCUAAAAAGAAAAAGCCUUCUAGAACAAAAUCAGACAGUGAAAAAAAUAGCUCUAGAAAUAUGGGAGGCAUUUUGGCAGAAGACCUGACACUAGAUUUGAAGGAUAUACAAAGGCCUGAUUCAGAACAUGGUUUCUCACCAGAUUCAGAAAAUUUUGACUGGAAAGCUAUUCAAGAAGGUGCAAAUUCUAUUGUUAGCAGCUUACAUCAAGCUGCUGCAGCAGCAUCACUGUCUAGACAAGCCUCAUCAGACUCUGAUUCAAUCCUUUCAUUAAAAUCUGGAAUUUCCUUAGGAUCACCCUUUCAUCUUACACCCGACCAAGAAGAAAAACCUUUUACUAGUAAUAAGGGUCCAAGAAUUAUUAAACCAGGGGAGAAGAGUACACUGGAAACAAAGAAAGUAGAAUCUGAAAAUAAAGGUAUCAAAGGAGGAAAGAAAGUGUAUAAAAGCAUGAUCACAGGUAAAGCUCGUUCUAAUUCAGAACUUACAAGUCAUUUCAAACAGCCUUUGCAGACCAAUAUGCCCUCAAUCUCCCGAGGUAGGACAAUGAUUCAUAUUCCUGGAGUUCGAAAUAGCUCCUCAAGUACAAGUCCAGUUUCUAAAAAAGGGCCUCAACUAAAGAGUGCAACCUCCAAAAGUCCUAAUGAUAACCAGACUUCUACUAGUUCUCCCAGAGUAGCCAAACCAUCUGUAAAACCUGAGCCAAGUCCUAUAUCCAGGCAGCCAUCUCAACAGGGUGGAUCAAGUAAAGGACCUUCUAGAUCAGGAUCUAGAGAUUCCACACCUUCUAGACCACAACAGCAACCCUUAACCAGACCUCUGCAGUCUCCUGGCCGAAAUUCAAUUUCACCCGGCAGAAAUGGCAUAAGUCCCCCUAAUAAACUCUCCCAGCUUCCACGAACAUCUUCUCCGAGUACGACUUCCACUAAGUCUUCUAGUUCAGGAAGAAUGGUAUACACCUCACCAGGCAGACAGAUGAGCCAGCAAACUGUGGGAAAACAAACUGGGUUGCCCAAAAGUACCAGUGGUAUUCCCAGAAGUGAAUCUGCCUCAAAAGGAUUAAACCAAAUUUCUGGUAUCAGCGGAUCAAACAAGAAGUCUGAUGUAUCUAGAAUGUCAUCGGCAAAAUCCAGUGGGAGUGAAUCUGAUAGAUCUGAGAGACCUGUUUUGGUCCGCCAGUCAACUUUUAUUAAAGAAACUCCAAGUCCCACUCUAAGAAGGAAAUUGGAAGAGUCUGCCUCGUUUGAAUCUCUGUCACCUUCCAGACCAGACUCUCCUACACAGUCCCAAACGCAGACUCCAGUUUUAAGCCCAUCCCUUCCUGAUAUGUCUUUAUCUACUCAUUCAGCCAUCCAAGCUGGUGGUUGGCGAAAGUUACCUCCUAGCCUGAGUCCUUCUUUGGAAUACAGUGAUGGGAGACCAACAAAACGGCAUGACAUAACUCGGUCUCACUCAGAGAGUCCUUCCAGGCUGCCAAUUAACAGAUCGGGGACUUGGAAGCGCGAACAUAGUAAACAUUCCUCAUCACUUCCUCGUGUGAGCACCUGGCGUAGGACUGGAAGUUCUUCCUCAAUUCUUUCGGCUUCUUCAGAAUCCAGUGAGAAGGCAAAGAGUGAGGAUGAAAAGCAACAUGUAAGUUCUUUUUCUGGACUCAAGCAAUCUAAAGAGAGUCAAGCGCCCACAAAAGGUACUUGGCGGAAGAUUAAAGAGAACGAAAUUCCUCAGAUAAUGACGAGUCCUCCUCAGAAUACCUCACCAGGUGCUACCAAUGGUUCUGAUUCAAAAACUCUCAUUUACCAGAUGGCACCUGCCGUCUCAAAGACAGAAGAUGUUUGGGUGAGGAUUGAGGACUGCCCUAUUAAUAAUCCUAGAUCUGGAAAAUCUCCCACAGGGAACACGCCCCCUGUUAUUGACAGUGUUUCGGAGAAAGGGAAUGUGAAUAGCAAAGAUCUUAACGGAAAACAAAAUGCAGGGAAUGGGAAUGUUCCUGUUCGUACUGUGGGUUUAGAAAACCGCCUGAAUUCAUUUAUUCAAGUAGAUAGUCCAGACAAGAAAGGAACGGAAACGAAACCUUUGCUAGGCAACCCUGCCCUUGCCCCAGAGACUAGUGAAAACACUGUUAAUGAACGUACGCCAUUCAGUUCCAGCAGCUCAAGCAAACACAGUUCGCCCAGUGGUGCUGUUGCGGCAAGAGUGACUCCUUUCAACUACAAUCCAAGCCCCAGAAAAAGCAGCGUGGAUAAUAGUUCCAGUUCCACUCGGCCAUCGCAGAUACCAACGCCAGUGAAUAACAGCACAAAAAAACGAGAUUCAAAGACUGAAGGUACAGAUUCAAGUGGUGCCCAAAGUCCUAAGCGUCAUUCUGGAUCCUACCUGGUAACUUCUGUUUAACAAAGAAUUUUCAUGUGUUAAUGCUAUAUGUGAAACUUUUUAAUAAAACUAUACAAAGUUGGGGUUUUUUCUUUUGUAAAUAGCUUUGAUUCUUGUAGAGGGUCCUUGUUCUGGAAGCCAUAUUUGAUAUUCUUUGUCUUCACUAAUAAUAUUUGAGGGAGUCCCAAUUUAUUAUUUAGCAAUAAAAUUGCUAAAGCGAUUAUAUUUGUACAGUAUGUUUUACAUAUAUUUAAUUAACAUCCCAUACCUUUAAUUGUUUAGGUGGGGUGGGGGUGGGGGUAUUCAGGAAAGAUGAACAGAGAUUAAAAGAGAGAAAUCUAUUGCUAUAUCACUCAUUUCUAGAUUUGCAAAAUGACUAAACUACAUCAGGGAGAAAUUGGUAUUUAUGCAAAAAAAAAAAAAGUAUUUGUGAAGCCACUUAACCUUAUAAUUAAUCAUGUGGCUGUGAAAUUCACAGUAAUAUGGUUUCUGCUGAACAAGCCUGUUUUUUCUGCAUGGAUAGAACUGAUGGUUCAUUUUCUGAAAUGAUGAUAAACAUUUCUGUGGUCACAUAAUGUGCAUAGAUAGUUAUGGUGUAAUGAUUUACCUUUUGGUUUUGUGCUCCAAAAAAAGAAGAAAAAAAAGGAAAAUCUGUGUAUGUGUAACACUUGAACAAAAUUAUUUUACCAGAACUAGAUUUUAACUGACAGUAGGUAGGAUUUUUGCUAUGCUGUAACUUGUUGUAUAUUCUGGUAUUUGAGGUGAGAUGGCUGCUCUUUUAUUAAUGAGACAUGGGUGAAGUCUCAACAGAACUAAAUGAACAUUUCAGAAUAAAUUAUUGCUAUAUGUACAUUUUGUUGUGUGUUACUUUUGCAGUACAUAAGAAAUCGAUGUUUUAGUAUUUUUGAGGAAUAUUCGUAUUAUGUAUUAAUGCACUUACUCAAGGCUUGUUGGGGAUAAUCUAUAUUACAUUGAAGUCAGUAGAAAUAUUCACAUCAAUUUUAAUGGAUCUGGAUUGCACCCAUUGCCUGAUACAGACACUGGUACUCUUCCAGUUUAUAGUUGCUGUUAAUAGACUCAUGUAUAUCUACGGCAUUCAAAUCAAGCAUUGGUGUUUUCAGUUGAGAUUUUAAUUGGUUCCAGGUACAGAAAGAGGCUUAAAGUAGUACUUCCACAUAUAUAUAUACAUAUACAUACACACACAGCUUAGAGUGCUAUUUGGUGUACAAAUAAGAGUUUUUCAGCUUUGAAAAAAAUGGGGGAGGGGGUUAAGAUUGGAAGCUUAUUUCAAGUUUGUGGCAUUUAAAUAAUAAAAAAGAAAUUGGUAAUACUUUGAGACUAAUAUACUAAAUGCAAGUGUCUUAUUAGAAAAUAAGAUUUGUACAUUAAACCACACUAACUUUGGUUUAACUCUAACUAACUUUGUAUUCACAUAUGCUUUGUCUUAAGAGACCUUCAUUAGACUGUUUACAACAGAAGUACUCUGCUAAACUUAAGUGCCUCUAUUCAAAAAUAGCAAAAUGCGUGUGCACGUGAUUACAGUAGUAAGCAAGUCAGUUUUGUGUCUCAGGCUGGUUUUCAUUAUUAAAAUCGCACAUGUAAUUGUUUAAUAGAAGGGUUCAUAAUCUGCUGACAAAUGUCCUCAGAUACGCCAUCUUAACCGUUGACAUUGGGGCGGGGGUUCUUAUCGUACGACACACUAGAGAAAGUGAUCUUGUAUCAGUUAUAGUUUUCCAAAACCUGUUAAACUCUAUAUUAAGCUAAAAUGAUAUUAACAAAUAACAUGCAUUUUCAAUCAGUUAAGCGGUCCGGUUGAAACAUCAGACUUAAAUCAUGAUUUACAUUAAGAGGGCACAAUGCAGCAAGCCUAGGGCCUACUCACUCUCCCCUAUCCUCUGGCAUGGGUGCAAGGAGGAAAUAGGAAGCUUACACUUUUGCUUUUGAUUAGCCACAGCUUAAGUGCGAUAUCCAAAUCCUAAACUGGUAAAUCUUAACUAUGGUUAGUGAAAACAAGCCAGCUUUGUAAACUGUGUUUUGAAGUUGGCUUGUUUCCUCUACCCAUCGUUAAGACUAUUUACAUCAUUAAGACUAUUUACACAUUGACUGGGUUUGGCUGUCUAAAACAGAAAUGACAAUUUCUGCAUUCUUCAUAGCAGAAUGCAAGGCCAAGGCUUUCUGUUGUUCAUCCUUGUAACUGUAAACCAUGGUUUAAUAUUAGAUGCAAACACCUAAUUUGACUCCCCCCCCCUUUAAAAAAUGGCACAUAGAUUAGCUGAUUAAUCCAAAAAGGCUUUUAAAAAGCCGGUUUACAAGAGAGUAAAAAUAAGUAAGCUUACAAAUGGGAUAUCUCUUAAUAAAAAUUAUUGUUUAAGAAAAUACACACCUCCCUAUUCCUGAUUCUCUAUCAAGACUACAUGGGUGGGAUUCACCUGA